AUGUGGAGGUGAUCUGUGUGUCUCUGUGUGGAGGUGAUCUGUGUGUCUCUGUGUGGAGGUGAUCUAUGUGUCUCUGUGUGGAGGUGAUCUGUGUGUCUCUGUGUGGAGGUGAUCUGUGUGUCUCUGUGUGGAGGUGAUCUAUGUGUCUCCUGUGUGGAGGUGAUCUAUGUGUCUCCUGUGUGGAGGUGAUCUAUGUGUCUCUGUGUGUAGAUGAGAACGUGGAGGUGAUCUAUGUGUCUCCUGUGUGUAGAUGAGAACGUGGAGGUGAUCUAUGUGUCUCCUGUGUGGAGGUGAUCUAUGUGUCUCCUGUGUGGAGGUGAUCUAUGUGUCUCCUGUGUGUAGAUGAGAACGUGGAGGUGAUCUAUGUGUCUCCUGUGCGUAGAUGAGAACGUGGAGGUGAUCUAUGUGUCUCCUGUGUGGAGGUGAUCUAUGUGUCUCCUGUUUGGAGGUGAUCUAUGUGUCUCCUGUGUGUAGAUGAGAACGUGGAGGUGAUCUAUGUGUCUCCUGUGUGGAGGUGAUCUAUGUGUCUCCUGUGUGGAGGUGAUCUAUGUGUCUCCUGUGUGGAGGUGAUCUAUGUGUCUCCUGUGUGGAGGUGAUCUAUGUGUCUCCUGUGUGUAGAUGAGAACGUGGAGGUGAUCUAUGUGUCUCCUGUGCGUAGAUGAGAACGUGGAGGUGAUCUAUGUGUCUCCUGUGUGGAGGUGAUCUAUGUGUCUCCUGUUUGGAGGUGAUCUAUGUGUCUCCUGUGUGUAGAUGAGAACGUGGAGGUGAUCUAUGUGUCUCCUGUGUGGAGGUGAUCUAUGUGUCUCCUGUGUGGAGGUGAUCUAUGUGUCUCCUGUGUGUAGAUGAGAACGUGGAGGUGAUCUAUGUGUCUCCUGUGCGUCUGGGAGACGACCUGUUCCAAUAUUACACCAGACUGCUGGGCUUGCAACCGGGAGGCCAGGGAGGGCUCCAGAGGGCCACAGUAGGUCCAGAGGACAGAGGGGGAGGAGGGGCCAGGACCACCACCACCCAGGCCUCCUCCUGCACCAAACGCUUCACCAUCCUCAUGCCUGACGCGCUGGAAGACUUCCCGGUAAGAAGGACACUCAGCGGGUGCUGUGGCACACAUCACAUUUACACAUAACACAUAGACUACAUUUAAUAAUUGUACCAAAGAGAUUUUAUCCAUUAUAGAAUAAGGGUAGCCUCGCACGACCAUCCUGUUCUCGCAAGCUUACAUUCUGUUUGGCUAUGAAGUGAAGUGAAACCAAAGGAGUGCAGCGGUCAGGAUGGUGGAAUCAGGCAGCGGUCAGGAUGAUGGAAUCAGGCAGCGGUCAGGAUGGUGGAAUCAGGCAGCGGUCAGGAUGGUGGAAUCAGGCAGCGGUCAGGAUGGUGGAAUCAGGCAGCGGUCAGGAUGGUGGAAUCAGGCAGCGGUCAGGAUGGUGAAUCAAGCAGCGGUCAGGAUGGUGAAUCAGGCAGCGGUCAGGAUGGUGGAAUCAGGCAGCGGUCAGGAUGGUGGAAUGAGGCUAGAAUAAGGGUGCACCUGUCAAAAUGUUUUCUCUUGCUUAUUUGUACAUUUAUUGAAUUCAAUAAGUAAUGCAUUCCCUAUAGAUGUAAAAUUGUACCAGAGAUUUUAUUUCAUGACCGAAGAAUGUGCUCUCAAACUGUUGUUGACUGAGAGAGCAACAUUCCUUUGUGUGUGUAUUUGAAAAGUGCAGUUUGAAUAUGCUCCCCUAGGGGGCGCCAGAGGAGGUGUAGUUUGGUCUGAUCUGGGAGGAUAAUGGGAGGAUGCAGUGUACUGUACACUCUGAAACAGUUGCAUUUUAUUAAUCUGCAUCCGGCAUUUCUAUUACCUUCUAAUGAGUUUCAUAUUAAGACAUUUAGGAUAAUAAAUAAGGUAAACAUAUUAUAACUGAACGGAUACUAAUGUAUUCAUAAUUAAUUUAACAGUAUUAUUUCAUGGUUUCCUCGUUCUACUAGUUCUGUCCAAUGAAUAAUUAAAGAACAUUUUUAAUGGGAAUUUUGAAUUUCUGUUCUAGUUUAAAGGUUAAUUCAAACUGACUUAAUUGAUGCUGCUAAUUAAUCACUGAUGUUACAAUGUUAUGGGGGGAGAAGGGGCCUGGACCACCACAGUUAGCUACUUCCUCUACCCUCCGUUCUGUUAGGGGGAGAAGGGGCCGGGACCACCACAGUUAGCUACUUCCUCUACCCUCCGUUCUGUUAGUGGGAGAAGGGCCGGGGGGCACCACAGUUAGCUACUUCAUCUACCCUCCGUUCUGUUAGGGGGAGAAGGGGCCGGGGGGCACCACAGUUAGCUACUUCAUCUACCCUCCGUUCUGUUAGGGGGAGAAGGGGCCGGGGGACCACCACAGUUAGCUACUUCCUCUACCCUCCGUUCUGUUAGGGGGAGAAGGGCCGGGGGGCACCACAGUUAGCUACUUCCUCUACCCUCCGUUCUGUUAGGGGGAGAAGGGGCCGGGACCACCACAGUUAGCUACUUCCUCUACCCUCCGUUCUGUUAGGGGGAGAAGUGGCCGGGGACCACCACAGUUAGCUACUUCCUCUACCCUCCGUUCUGUUAGGGGGAGAAGGGGCCGGGGGGCACCACAGUUAGCUACUUCCUCUACCCUCCGUUCUGUUAGGGGGAGAAUGGGCCGGGGACCACCACAGUUAGCUACUUCCUCUACCCUCCGUUCUGUUAGGGGGAGAAGGGGCCGGGACACCACAGUUAGCUACUUCCUCUACCCUCCGUUCUGUUAGGGGGAGAAGGAGCCGGGACCACCACAGUUAGCUACUUCCUCUACCCUCCGUUCUGUUAUGGGGAGAAGGGGCCGGGACCACCACAGUUAGCUACUUCCUCUACCCUCCGUUCUAUUGGCCAAUGUGCAAUCACUAUUGAAUGAAGUGGAGGAGCUCCGUUUGAGACGAUCCUAUCAACGUGAUCUGAAGAACUGUAAUAUCCUAUGUUUUUCAGAGUCGUGGCUGAACGAGGACAUGGUAAAUAUAAAUCUUGCUGGACAGAACGGUGGCGUCGAGGAAGCUCAGGGGAGGGGGUGUGUGUCUCUUUGUUAACAACAGCUGGUACUAAUAUUAAGAAAGUCUUGAGGUUCUGCUCGCCUGAGUAAGAAUAACUCAUAGUGGGGCGGCAGGUAGCCUAGCGGUUAAGAGGGUGGGUGGGGGCAGUAACCGAAAGGUCGCUGGUUCAAAUCCCAGAGCUGGCAUGGUGGGGGGAAAAAACUGCUGUUCUUCCCUUGAGCAAGGCAGUUAAUCCCCAACAACUGCUCCCCGGGCACCGAUCACAUCGAUUAAGGCACCUCUCUCAUUGUCACGCCCUGGCCUUGAGAGGCCUGUUGUCUUUAGUUGGUUUGGUCAGGGCGUGAGUUUCUAUGUUAUAUAUUCUAUGUUCUAGUUAGUCUAUUUCUAUGUUGCAGUGCUAGGUUGUGUGUUUCUAUGUUUGGCCGGGUGCGGUUCCCAAUCAGAGACAGCUGUCUCCCGUUGUCUCUGAUUGGGGAUCAUCCUUAGGUAGCCCAUUGCCUACUGUGUAUUGUGGGAUCUUGUUCCUGUCAGUCUGGACUUUGUUUCUUGUUUUGUUGUAUGUUUAUUGAGUAAUCAACAUGUACACUUUUCACGCUGCACCUUGGUCCGACCCGUCUCUCAACGUUCGUGACAGAAGAUCCCACCAAACGAGGACCAAGCAGCGUGGCCAGGAGGAGCAAACACCCGGGACACAGCGGGAGGCUACGUUGGUAGAUGUCCUCCUCGGUUGGGGGGAAAAUCACAGAGGAGGAGGCCGUCCGUUACGGUAAGGCAAUGAAGGAGGAAGCCCGGGUAGGAGAAGAUCAACGGCGACAUCAACGAAGCCGGCCGAAUUGGAAGCCCGAGAAGCAGCCCCAAGAAAAUUUUAGGGGGGGGGGGCUCACGGGGUGGACGACGAGGCAGCAGGAGGCCGGGAAAGGGCUGACUAGAGAGGAGGAGGCCGCUAUUCUAGAGGUCCUCCAAGACCUGCGGAUCGAGAGUCUGAGAGAGUAGGCCACCACGUUACGGGGGCUGUUAGAUCAGAGGGAGCAGGAGUUAUCCGUUCAGAGGGAGGCGCUACAGGAGGCUCAAAGGGAGAAGGAAGUAGUGGAGUCACGGAGAGAGGAGCUGGUCAGGCAACAGAAGGAGCGUGUGUUCAUAGAGGAACCUAGGUAUGCGGAGAUACGCACUGUGUCGCCAGUGCGCAUUCACAGCCCAGUGCGUCCUGUGCCAGCGCCCCGCACGUGCCGUGCGAAAGUGGGCAUCCAGCCAGGACGGGUUGUGCCAGCUGUACACUCCAGACCUCCAGUACGCCUCCACGGUCCAGUAUAUCCUGCUCCGGUUCUACGCACUGUGUCACCAGUGCGCCUCACCAGUCCAGUACGGCCCGUGCCUGCUCCUCGCACCAGACCAGUGGUGCGUUUUCCCAGUCCGGCCCGGCCCGUGCCUGCUCCUCGCACCAGACCUCGCACCAGACCAGGGGUGCGUGUUCCCAGUCCAGUACGGCACGUGCCUGCUCCUCGCACCAGACCUCGCACCAGACCAGUGGUGCGUGUUCCCAGUCCGGCCCGGCCCGUGCCAGCUCCUCGCACCAGACCUCGCACCAGACCAGUGGUGCGUGUUCCCAGUCCGGCCCGGCCCGUGCCUGCUCCUCGCACCAGACCUGUGGUGCGUGUCCCCAGGCCGGCCCGGCCCGUUCCUGCUCCUCGCACCAGACCUGUGGUGCGUGUCUCCAGUCCGGCUCGGCCCGUUCCUGCUCCUCGCACCAGACCAGUGGUGCGUGUCCCCAGGCCGGCCCGGCCCGUUCCACCGGUACCAGUCCAGCUCCGGUCAGCGGCUCCAUUCCGGAGCCAGAGAAAUCCGCUCCACCGGUACCUGAUCCAGCUCCGGUCAGCGGUUCCACUCCGGAGCCAGAGCAGUCCGCUCCACCGGUGCCUAGUCCAGCUCCGGUCAGCUGCUCCACUCCGGAGCCAGAGCAGUCUGCUCCACCGGUGCCCAGUCCAGCUCCGGUCACCGGUGCCCAGUCCAGCUCCAGUCAGCGGCUCCACUCCAGAGUCAGAGCAUUCCGCUCCACCGGGGUCCAGUCCAGCUCCGGUCAGCUGCUCCACUCCAGAGCCAGAGCAAUCCGCUCCACCGGUGCCUGAUCCAGCUCCGGUCAGCGGCUCCAUUCCGGAGCCAGAGCAGUCCGCUCCACCGGGACCCAGUUCAGCUCCGGUCAGCGGCUCUACUCUGGGUCCAGACGUCAGCCCCUCUCCAGGGUCGUGGUCUCCCACACCAGGGUCCAGACAGGGCUUGGUGCAUCACGCACCAGGGUCCAGACAGGGCUUGGUGCAUCGCAGGGGGAUUGCCGAUCCAGGCCCAGACGUCAGCCCCUCUCCAGGUUCGGGGUCUCCCACACCAGGGUCCAGACAGGGCUUGGUGCAUUGUGGAGGGAUUGCCGAUCCAGGCCCAGACGUCAGCACCUCUCCAGGUCCGGGGUCUGAAAAUGCUCACUCAGUCCUAGUGGCCGGUGACUUUAAUGCAGGAAAACUGAAAUCUUUUUUUACCUAAUUUCAACCAGCAUGUCACCUGUGCAACUAGAGGCAAAAAAACUCACCUUUACUCCACACACAGAGACGCAUACAAAGCUCUCCCUCAACCUCCUUUUGGUUUAAUCUGAACAUAACUCUAUCCUACUGCUUACAAGCAAAAACUCAAACAGGAAGUACCAGUGACGCGCUCAAGCCGGAAGUGGUCAGAGGGAGAGGAUGCUAAGCUACAGGACUGUUCCGCUAGCACAGACUCGAAUACUGUAUGUUCUGGGAUUCAUCCGAUGGCAUUGAGGAGUUUAUCACAUCAGUCACCGGCUUCAUUAAUAAGUGCAUUGACGACGUCAUCCCCACAGUGGCCGUGCGUACAUAUCCCGACCAGAAACCAUGGAUUACAGGCAACAUCCGCAUUGAGCUAAAGACUAGAGCUGCCACUUUCAAGGAGCGGGACACUAAUCCGGACACUUAUAAGACGAACCAUCAAACAGGAAAAGUAUUACAUUUACAUUUUAGUCAUUUAGCAGACGCUCUUAUCCAGAGCGACUUACAUGAGCAAUUAGGGUUAAGUGCCUUGCUCAAGGGCACAUCGACAGAUUUUUCACCUAGUCGGCUCGGGGAUUAGAACCAGCGACCUUUCGGUUACUGGCACAACGCUCUUAACCACUAAGCUACCUGCCGCCCAAUUAUCAAUACAGUACCAAGAUCAAAUCCUACUACACCGGCUCUGACGCUCGUUGGAUGUGGCAGGGCUUGCAAACUAUUACAGAUUACAAAGGGAAACCCAGCCACGAGCUGUCCAGUGACAUGAGCCUACCAGAAGAGCUAAAUACCUUCUAUGCUAGGCAAGCAACACUGAACCAAUGCAUGAGAGCACCAGCUGUUCCGGACGACUGUGAGAUCACGCUUUCCGUAGCCGACGUGAGUCAGACCUUUAAACAGGUUAACAUUCAAAAGGCCGCAGGACAGACGGAUUACCAGGAUGUGUACUCAGAGCAUGGUCUGACCAACUGGCAAGUGUCUUCACUGACAUUUUCUAACUCUCUCUGACCCAGUUUGUAAUACCUACAUGUUUCAAGCAGACCACCAUAGUCCCUGUACCCAAGAACUCCAGGUAACCUGUCUAAAUUAUUAUCGCCCCAUAGCACUCACAUCUGUAGCUAUGAAAUGCUUUGACAGGCUGGUCAUGGCUCACAUCAACACCAUCAUCCCAGAAAACCUAGACCGACUCCAAUUUGCAUUCCGCCCCAACAGAUCCACAGAUGACGCAAUCUUUAUUGCACUCUACACUGCCCUUUCCCACCUGGACAAAAUGAACACCUAUGUGAGAAUGCUGUUCAUUGUCCACAGCUCAGCAUUCAACACUAUAGUGCUCUCCAAGCUCUUCACUAAACUAAGGACCCUGGGAUUAAACACCUCCCUCUGCAACUGGAUCCUGGACUUCCUGACGGGCCGCCCCCAGGUGAUAAGGGUAGGCAACAAAACAGCCAAACUGACCCUCAACACGGGGACCCCUCAGGGGUGCGUGCGUAGUCCCCUCCUGUACUCCCUGUUCCCCCACGACUGCGUGGCCGCGCAUGACUCCGACAUAAUCAUUAAGUUUUCAGACGACACGAAGAUGGUAGGCCUGAUCACAGACGACGAUGAGAAAGCCUACAGAAAGGAGGUCAGAGACCUGGCAGGGUGGUGCCAGGACAACAACCUCUCCUUCAACGUCAACAAGACAAAGGAGCUGAUCGUGGACUACAGGAAAUGGAGGGGCUGUAGAGGAGCAGGUCGAGGGCUUCAAGUUCCUCGGUGUCCACAUCACUAAGGAUCGAUCAUGGUCCAAACACACCAACAUAGUUGUGACGAGGGCACGACAACACCUCUUCCUCCUCAGGAGGCUGAAAAAAAUUGGCAGGGGCCCUCAGAACCUCAAAAGGUUUUACAGCUGCACCAUUGAAAGCAUAUUGACUGGCUGCUUCACAAAUUGGUAUGGCAACUUCUUGGCAUUCGACAGAAAGGUGCUACAGAGGGUAGUGCGUACAGCCCAGUACAUCACUGGGGCUGAGCUCCCUGCCAUCCAGGACCUCUAUACCAGGCGGUGUCAGAGGAAGGCCCUAAAAAUGGUCAUAGACUCCAGCCACCCAAGUCAUAGACUGUUCUCUCUGUUACCCCAUGGCAAGCAGUACCGAUGCACCAAGUCUGGAACCAACAGGACCCUGAACAGCUGCAACCCCAAGCCAUAAGACUACUAAACAUACUGUAGUUAGUUAAAUAGUUAACCAAUAGCUGCUGUUACUGUUUAUUAUCUAUCCUGUUGCCUAGUCACUUUAUCCCUACCUACAGUUGAAAUCGGAAGUUUACAUACACCUUAGCCAAAUGCAUUUAAACUCAGUUUUUCACAAUUCCUGACAUUUAAUCCUAGUAAAAAUUGCCUGUCUUAGGUCAGUUAGGAUCACCACUUUAUUUUAAGAAUGUGAAAUGUCAGAAUAAUAAUAGAGAGAAUUAUUUAUUUCAGCUUUUAUUUCUUUCAUCACAUUCCCAGUGGGUCAGAAGUUUACAUACACUGAAUUAGUAUUUGGUAGCAUUGCCUUUUUAAAUUGUUUAACUUGGGUCAAACGUUUCGAGUAGCCUUCCACGAGCUUCCCACAAUAAGUUGGGUGAAUUUUGUCCCAUUCCUCCUGACAGAGCUGGUGUAACGGAGUCCGGUUUGUAGGCCUCCUUGCUCGCACACGCUUUUUCAGUUCUGCCCACACAUUUUCUAUAGGAUUGAGGUCAGGGCUUUGUGAUGGCCACCUCAAUACCUUGACUUUGUUGUCCUUAAGCCAUUUUGCCACAACUUUGGAAGUAUGCUUUGGGUCAUUGUCCAUUUGGAAGACCCAUUUGCAACCAAGCAUUAACUUCCUGACUGAUGUCUUGAGAUGUUGCUUCAAUAUAUCCACAUAAUUUUCCUUCCUCAUGAUGCAAUCUAUUUUGUGAAGUGCACCAGUCCCUCCUGCAGCAAAGCACCCCCACAGCAUGAUGCUGCCACCCCCGUGCUUCACGGUUGGGAUGGUGUUCUUCACAAAAUAGAUUGCAUCAUGAGGAAGGAAAAUUUGGGAUUGGGAUGGUCGUUAUGUAUAAAAAUAAUUAUGCACUCACUAACUGGUUGGUUUACUCCUUGUGUUAUUAUUUUUUCUCUUUGCAUUGUUGGGAAGGACCUAGUAGGAAACUACAAAAAAGUAGAACUUAGUAAAAACUUUAGUAAAACAAAAAUGUGACCUACUAGCGUGGCUCAGGUUGGUUAGCCAGUGGCCAUAAUCGUUAAAUUCCAUCCCUGCAUGUACCUGUCUGGAGAGGUUAGAGAGGAAGGCCAGUAUCCAGAGGGCUGCCGGUCACAAGACAAAUAGACUUCUUCCUCUUCCUCUCCUCUCAUCUAGACCCACAACAUGUGUCUGUCCACGUUGUUGAAGUACAGCCCUCGGACCCUGCGACGCAUCCGUAACCUGAUCCAGGGCCAGCAGGCCUUCAUGGUGGGUGGUGUUACCCACUUAGAUGACCUGGCGGUGGCGGAUGAGCUGGGGGUUCCCCUCCUGGGGCCAGAGCCUGCUGUGGCCCAGCUCUACAGCACCAAGUCUGGAGGCAGGAGGAUCUUUACUGGCGCAGGGGUCACCGUGCCCCCAGGGCAGUGGGACAUAUACUCCUUACAACAGGUAUUCUUCUCUCUCUCUCUCUCUCUCUCUCUCUCUCUCUCUCUCUCUCUCUCUCUCUCUCUCUCUCUCUCUCUCUCUCUCUCUCUCUCUCUCUCUCUCUCUCUCUUUCUGUCUCUCUCUCUCUCUCUCUCUCUCUCUCUCUCUCUCUCUCUCUCUCUCUCUGUCUGCCUCUCUCUCUCUGUCUGCCUCUCUCUAAUUACAUUCAAAGGGCUUUAUUGGCAUGGGAAACAUAUGUUAACAUUACCAAAGCAAGCGAAAUAGAUAAUAAACAAAAGUUAAAUAAACAAUCAAAAAUGAACAGUAAACAUUGAACUCACAAAAGUUUCAAAACAAUAGAGACAUUUCAAAUGUCAUAUUAUGACUAUGUACAGUGUUGUAACCAUGUGCAACUAUCUACAAAUAUUUACAAAUAAAUUGUAUUUACUAUGGUGUUUGUUCUUCACUGGUUGCCCUUUUCUUGUGGCAACAGGUCACAAAUCUUGCUGCUGUGAUGGCACACUGUGGUAUUUCACCUAAUAGAUAUGGGAGUUUAUCAAAAUUGGAAGAAAAAAAAUUUGAAUUCUUUGUGGGUCUGUGUAAUCUGAGGAAAAUAUGUGUCUCUAAUAUGGUCAUACAUUUGGCAGGAGGUUAGGAAGUGCAGCUCAGUUUCCACCUCAUUUUGUGGGAAGUGUGCACAUAGCCUGUCUUCUCUUGAGAGACAGGUCUUCCUACGGCGGUCUCUCUCAAUAGCAAGGCUAUGCUCACUGAGUCUGUACAUAGUCAAAGAUUUCUCUUAAUUUGGGUCAGUCACAGUGGUCAGAUAUUCUGCCACUGUGUACUCUCUGUUUAGGGCCAGAUAGCAUUCCAGUUUGCUCUGUUUUUGUUUAAUUCUUUCCAAUGUUUAAAGUAAUUCUCUUUUAGUUUUCUCAUGAUUUGGUUGGGUCUAAUUGUGUUGUUGUCCUGGGGCUCUGUGGGGUCUGUUUGUGUUUGUGAACAGAGCCCCAGGACCAGCUUGCUUAGGGGACUCUUCUCCAGGUUAAUCUCUCUGUAGGUGAUGGCUUUGUUAUGGAAGGUUUGGGAAUCGCUUCCUUUUAGGUGGUUGUAGAAUUUAACGGCUUUAUUCUGUAUUUUGAUAAUUAGCGGGUUUUGUCCUAAUUCUGCUCUGCAUGCAUUAUUUGGUGUUUUACGUUGUACACUGAGGAUGUUUUUGCAGAAUUCUGCAUGCAGUCUCAAUUUUGUGUUUGUCCCAUUUUGUGAAUUCUUGGUUGGUGAGCGGACCCCAUACCUCACAACCAUAAAGGGCAAUGGGUUAUAUAACUGAUUCAAGUAUUUUUAGCCAGAUCCUAAUUGGGAUGUCGAAUUUUAUGUUCCUUUUGAUGGCGUAGAAGGCCCUUCUUGCCUUGUCUCUCAGAUCGUUCACAGCUUUGUGGAAGUUACCUGUGGCGCUGAUGUUUAGGCCGAGGUAGGUAUAGUUUUUUGUGUGCUCUAGGGCAACGGUGUCUAGAUGGAAUUUGUAUUUGUGGUCCUGGCAACUGGACCUUUUUUGGAACACCAUUAUUUUUGUCUUACUGAGAUUUACUGUCAGGGCCCAGGUCUGACAGAAUCUGUGCAGAAGAUCUACAGUGAGGGAAAAAAGUAUUUGAUCCCCUGCUGAUUUUGUACGUUUGCCCACUGACAAAGACAUGAUCAGUCUAUAAUUUUAAUGGUAGGUUUAUUUGAACAGUGAGAGACAGAAUAACAACAACAAAAAUCCAGAAAAACGCAUGUCAAAAAUGUUAUGAAUUGAUUUUCAUUUUAAGUAUUUGACCCCUCUGCAAAACAUGACUUAGUACUUGGUGGCAAAACCCUUGUUGGCAAUCACAGAGGUCAGACGUUUCUUGUAGUUGGCCACCAGGUUUGCACACAUCUCAGGAGGGAUUUUGUUCCACUCCUCUUUGCAGAUCUUUUCCAAGUCAUUAAGGUUUCGAGGCUGACGUUUGGCAACUCGAACCUUCAGCUCCCUCCACAGAUUUUCUAUGGGAUUAAGGUCUGGAGACUGGCUAGGCCACUCCAGGACCUUAAUGUGCUGCUUCUAGAGCCAUUCCUUUGUUGCCUUGGCCGUGUGUUUUGGGUCAUUGUCAUGCUGGAAUAACCAUCCACGACCCAUUUUCAAUGCCCUGGCUGAGGGAAGGAGGUUCUCACCCAAGAUUUGACGGUACAGGGCCCAGUCCAUCGUCCCUUUGAUGCGGUGAAGUUGUCCUGUCCCCUUAGCAGAAAAACACCCCCAAAGCAUAAUGUUUCCACCUCCAUGUUUGACGGUGGGGAUGGUGUUCUUGGGGUCAUAGGCAGCAUUCCUCCUCCUCCAAACAUGGAGAGUUGAGUUGAUGCCAAAGAGCUCGAUUUUGGUCUCAUCUGACCACAACACUUUCACUCAGUACUCCUCUGAAUCAUUCAGAUGUUCAUUGGCAAACUUCAGACGGGCCUGUAUAUGUGCUUUCUUGAGCAGGGGGACCUUGCGGGCGCUGCAGGAUUUCAGUCCUUCACGGCUUAGUGUGUUACCAAUUGUUUUCUUGGUGACUAUGGUCUCAGCUGCCUUGAGAUCAUUGACAAGAUCCUUCCGUGUAGUUCUGGGCUGAUUCCUCACCGUUCUCAACUCCACGAGGUGAGAUCUUGCAUGGAGCCCCAGGCCGAGGGAGAUUGACAGUUCUUUUGUGUUUCUUCCAUUUACGAAUAAUCACACCAACUGUUGUCACCUUCUCACCAAGCUGCUUGGCGAUGGUCUUGUAGCCCAUUCCAGCCUUGUGUAGGUCUACAAUCUUGUCCCUGACAUCCUUGGAGAGCUCUUUGGUCAUGGCCAUGGUGGAGAGUUUGGAAUUUGAUUGAUUGAUUGCUUCUGUGGACAGGUGUCUUUUAUACAGGUAACAAACUGAGAUUAGGAGCACUCCCUUUAAGAGUGUGCUCCUAAUCUCAGCUCGUUACCUGUAUAAAAGACACCUGGGAGCCAGAAAUCUUUCUGAUUGAGAGGGGGUCAAAUACUUAUUUCCCUCAUUAAAAUGCAAAUCAAUUUAUAACAUUUUUGACAUGCGUUUUUCUGGAUUUUUUUGUUGUUAUUCUGUCUCUCACUGUUCAAAUAAACCUACCAUAAAAAUUAUAGACUGAUCAUUUCUUUGUCAGUGGGCAAACGUACAAAAUCAUCAGGGGAUCAAAUACUUUUUUCCCUCACUGUAGGUGCUGCUGUAGGCCCUCCUUGGUUGGGGUCAGCAGCACCAGAUCAUCAGCAAACAGUAGACAUUUGACUUCAGAUUCUAGUAGGCCUUUUAUAAUGUCGUAUGUUUUUCCCCCAACCCCACUUUCCAUCAAUUUGUAUAGCAGACCCUCAUGCCAAAUUGAGUCAAAAGCUUUUUUGAAAUCAACAAAGCAUGAGAAGACUUUGCCUUUGUUUUGGUUUGUUUGUUUUUCAGUUAGGGUGUGCAGGGUGAAUACGUGGUCUGUCGUACUGUAAAUUGGUAGAAAGACAAUUUGACAUUUGCUCAGUACAUUGUUUUCACUGAGGAAAUGAACUAGUCUGCUGUUAAUGAUAAUGCAGAGGAUGUUCCCAAGGUUGCUGUUGACGCAUAUCCCACGGUAGUUAUUGGGGUCAAAUUUGUCUCCACUUUUGUGGAUUGGGGUGAUCAGUCCUUGGUUCCAAAUAUUGGGGAAGAUGCCAGAGCUAAGGAUGAUGUUAAAGAGUUUAAUUAUAGCCAAUUGGAAUUUGUGGUCUGGAUAUUUGAUUUUUUCACUUAGGAUACCAUCAACACCACAGGCCUUUUUGGGUUGGAGGGUUUGUAUUUUGUCCUGUAGUUCAUUCAAUGUAAUUGGAGAAUCCAGUGGUAGUCUUUAAUAGCUGAUUCAAAGUGUUGUAAUUGAUCAUGUAUAUAUUUUUGCUGUUUGUUCUUUGUUAUAGGGCCAAAAAGAUUGGAGAAGUGGUUUAUCCAUAUCUCCGUUUUUUUUGUGUGUUCCAAUUUUCCCAGAAGUGGUUCGAUCCCAGUAAAGCAAUGAAAAGAAUCAAGCAUCCCGGAAAAGUGUGAAAAAUAGCCCACGUUAACAUAUGUAGCUUAAGAAACAAGGUUAAUGAAAUCAGUAAUUUGCUAAUAACAGAUGACAUUCAUAUUCUGACAAUCUCUGAAACUCCCUUAGAUAAUACCUUUGAUGAUACAGUGGUAGCAAUACAUGGUUAUAAGAUCUACAGAAAAUACAGAAAUGCCAAUGGUGGAGGUGUUGCUGUUGAUGUUCAGAACCACAUUCAUGUAAAGCUUAUACAUUUUACAUUUUAGUCAUUUUAGCAGACGCUCUUAUCCAGAGCGACUUACAGUUAGUGAGUGCAUACAUUAUUUUUUUACUUUUUUAUUUUUUACUUUUUUAAACUUUUUUUUCAUACUGGCCCCCCGUGGGAAUCGAACCCACAACCCUGGCGUUGCAAACACCAUGCUCUACCAACUGAGCUACAUUAUAGAGGAUCUCAUGUUAAAUACUGUUGAAGUAAUAUGGCUACAGGUUCAUCUGCCUCACCUAAAGCCCAUUCUGGUGGGAAGCUGCUAUAGACCCCCAAGUGCUAACAGUCAGUAUCUGGAUAACAUGUGUGAAAUGCUUGAUAAUGUAUGUGAUAUCAAUAGAGAUAUAUACUUUCUGGGUGAUUUAAAUAUUUACAUCAAGCUGCCCACUCAAGAAAAAGCUUCAAACUGUAACUAGUGCCUGCAACCUGGUUCAGGUUAUCAAUCAACCUACCAGGGUAGUUACAAACAGCACCAACAUGUAUUGAUCACAUCUUUACUGAUGCUGCAGAAAUUUGCUUUAAAGCAGUAUCCAAAUCCAUCGGAUGUAGUGAUCACAAUAUAGUAGCCAUAUCUAGGAAAACCAACGUUUCAAAGGCAGAGCCUAAUAUAGUGUAUAAGAGGUCAUACAAUAAGUUUGUAGUGAUUCCUAUGUUAUUUAUGUUAAGAAUAUUUGUUGGUCCGUGGUGUGUAAUGAGGAGCAACCAGACGCUGCACUUGACACAUUUAUGAAAUUGCUUAUUCCAGUUACUAAUAAGCAUGCACCCAUUAAGAAAAUGACUGUAAAAACGGUUAAAUCCCCGUGGAUUGAUGAGGAAUUGAAAAAUGGUAUGGUUGAGAGGGAUGAGGCAAAAGGAAUGGCAAAUAAGUCUGGCAGCACAACCGAUUGGCAAACGUACUGCAAAUUGUGAAAUCAUGCGACUAAACUGAAUAAAAAGAACAUUAUGAAACUAAGAUAAAUGACAUAAAGAAUGAUAGUAAAAAGCUUUGGAGCACCAUAAAUUAAAUGUUGGGCAAAAAGGCAAACUCAGCUCCAUCACUCAUUGAAUCAGAUGGCUCAUUCAUCACAAAACCCACUGAGAUUGCCAACUACUUUAAUGAGUUUUUCAUUGGCAAGAUUAGCAAACUUGGGCAUGACAUGGGAGCAACAAACGCUGACACUACACAUCCAAGUAUAACUGAUCAAAUUAUGAAAGACAAGUAUUGUAUUUUAGAAUUCCAUAAAGUGAGUGUGGAAGAAGUGAAACAAAUUUUUUUGUCUAUCAACAAUAACAAGCCACCGGUGUCUGAAAACUUGGAUGGAAAAUUACUGAGGAUAAUAGCAGACGAUAUUGCCACUCCUAUUUGCCAUAUCUUCAAUCUAAGCCUACUAGAAAGUGUGUGCCCUCAGGCCUGGAGGGUUGCAAACGUAAUAAUCCAGGUAGAAUCAGGAAUUCCCCAGGGCAGCUGUCUAGGCCCCUUUACUUUUUUCAAUCUUUACUAACGACAUGCUAGUGUGUCUAUGUAUGCAGAUGACUCAACACUAUACACGUCAGCUACCACAGGGAGUGAAAUCACUGCAACACUUAACAAAGAGCUGCAGUUAGUUUCAGAAUGGGUGGCAAGGAAUAAGUUAGUCCUAAAUAUUUUAAACUAAAAGCAUUGUAUUUGGGAAAAAUCAUUCACUAAACCCUAAACCUCAACUAAAUAUUGUAAUAAAAAUGUGGAAUUUGUGCAAGUUGAGGAGACUAAACUGCUUGGAGUAACCCUGGAUUGUAAACUGUCAUGGUCAAAACAUAUUGAUACAACAGUAGCUAGGAUGGGGAGAAGUCUGUCCAUAAUAAAUCACUGCUCUGCCUUUUUAACAACACUAUCAGCAAGGCAGGUCCUACAGGCCCUAGUUUUGUCGCACCUGGACUACUGUUCAGUCGUGUGGUCAGGUGCCACAAAGAGGGACUUAGGAAAAUUGCAAUUGGCUCAGAACAGGGCAGCACGGCUGGCCCUUGGAUGUACACAGAGAGCUAACAUUAAUUAUAUGCAUGUCAGUCUCUCAUGGUUCAAAAUGGAGAAGAGAUUGACUUCAUCACUACUUGUUUUUGUAAGAAGUGUUGACAUGCUGAAUGCACCGAGGUGUCUGUUUUAAACUACUAGCACACAGCUCGGACACCCAUGCAUACCCCACAAGACAUGCCAUCAAAGGUCUCUUCACAAUCCCCAAGAACAGACUCUGGGAGGUGCACAGUACUACAUAGAGCCGUGACUACACAGAACUCUAUUCCACAUCAGGUAACUCAUGCGAGCAGUAAAAUUAGAUUUAAAAAAAAACAGAUAAAAAUACACAUUAUGGAACAGCGGGGACUGUGAAGAGACACACACAGGCACAGACUCACAUACACAUGAUAAGACACUCACUCUACACACACGUACACAUGGAUAUUGUAUUGUAAAUAUUUGAUAGUGGAGUAGUGGCCUGAGGGAACACACUAAAUGUAUUGGGUAAAGUGUUAUGAAAUAUAAUGUCAUGUAAUAUUUUAAAUUGGCAGCAGCUAAUGGGGAUCCUUAAUAAAUACAAAUCUCUCUCUCUUUCUCUCUCUCUCCUCUCUCCUCUCUCCCCAGCUCCAUGAAACCCUGGCCCAGCUGAUGACAGACCACAUGGAGGUGAGGCGCUGGCUCUUCAAGAUGGACUCUGAGAUGGGUGGGCGGGGCACAGCAUACUGCGAUGUGUCUCACCUGAGCUGCUCUACCUGGGCUCAGCAGGAGUACAGCCACCACAGUCCUGAACGCUGGAGGAAGGCCUGGGCUCAGGUAGGAACAAUCACAAUCUGCUACUCUAUCACCUAUCACACACUAUGACCUUUCACCUGUCACCUCAUUAUUAUAAUCACAGUCCUGAACGCUGGCGGAAGGCCUGGGCUCAGGUAGGGUGGAUCACCCUCUACCGCUGGAGCAAUUUAGGGGUUAAGUGCCUAAACUGCUCACAGUCUAGGAUUUGAAAACUAUACGGUCUCACGGUCUAGGAUUUGAUAACUACAACCUGCCGGUUUCCAACUGUUACAAUGUCCUAGUUAUAGAAGUACAGACCAUUAGUGACUCUUUCACUGCAUACGUCACUGUAAGGUCAGAGAGUGGCAUGUCCUGACUAAUAGUCAUCAAGGAGAAUGAAUGUCUUAUCUUAACUAAUAGUCUUAGUGUAGAUCUCUGUGGUUAAGUAUCCUCAUCCUCCUCCCUAGAGCCACAAACAGCAUUUAAUAAACGACACAAUGUACCGAAUACCAACAACCAUCAUCCAUUACUUAGGAUAAAGCAGAGCCAUUAGUUGGCUUUUAUUUGGUGAGGAGAACAGCAAGUUGUCUGGUUGAAUUCAUCCACUCACUCACUGUGAUAGACAGUGACAGGUUAGAGUUUACCUUAGAGACUGUUGCUCUUAGAAUGUUAGACAGUGACAGGUUAGAGUUUACCUUAGAGACUGUUGCUCUUAGAAUGUUAGACAGUGACAGGUUAGAGUUUACCUUAGAGACUGUUGCUCUUAGAAUGUUAGACAGUGACAGGUUAGAGUUUACCUUAGAGACUGUUGCUCUUAGAAUGUUAGACAGUGACAGGUUAGAGUUUACCUUAGAGACUGUUGCUCACUGUGUUAGACAGUGACAGGUUAGAGUUUACCUUAGAGGCUGUUGCUCACUGUGUUAGACAGUGACAGGUUAGAGUUUACCUUAGAGGCUGUUGCUCACUGUGUUAGACAGUGACAGGUUAGAGUUUACCUUAGAGGCUGUUGCUCACUGUGUUAGACAGUGACAGGUUAGAGUUGACCUUAGAGACUGUUGCUCUUAGAAUGUUAGACAGUGACAGGUUAGAGUUUACCUUAGAGACUGUUGCUCUUAGAAUGUUAGACAGUGACAGGUUAGAGUUUACCUUAGAGACUGUUGCUCUUAGAAUGUUAGACAGUGACAGGUUAGAGUUUACCUUAGAGACUGUUGCUCUUAGAAUGUUAGACAGUGACAGGUUAGAGUUUACCUUAGAGACUGUUGCUCACUGUGUUAGACAGUGACAGGUUAGAGUUGACCUUAGAGACUGUUGCUCUUAGAAUGUUAGACAGUGACAGGUUAGAGUUGACCUUAGAGACUGUUGCUCUUAGAAUGUUAGACAGUGACAGGUUAGAGUUGACCUUAGAGACUGUUGCUCUUAGAAUGUUAGACAGUGACAGGUUAGAGUUUACCUUAGAGACUGUUGCUCUUAGAAUGUUAGACAGUGACAGGUUAGAGUUUACCUUAGAGACUGUUGCUCUUAGAAUGUUAGACAGUGACAGGUUAGAGUUUACCUUAGAGACUGUUGCUCUUAGAAUGUUAGACAGUGACAGGUUAGAGUUUACCUUAGAGACUGUUGCUCUUAGAAUGUUAGACAGUGACAGGUUAGAGUUUACCUUAGAGACUGUUGCUCACUGUGUUAGACAGUGACAGGUUAGAGUUGACCUUAGAGACUGUUGAUCUUAGAAUGUUAGACAGUGACAGGUUAGAGUUUACCUUAGAGACUGUUGCUCUUAGAAUGUUAGACAGUGACAGGUUAGAGUUUACCUUAGAGACUGUUGCUCACUGUGUUAGACAGUGACAGGUUAGAGUUGACCUUAGAGACUGUUGCUCUUAGAAUGUUAGACAGUGACAGGUUAGAGUUUACCUUAGAGACUGUUGCUCUUAGAAUGUUAGACAGUGACAGGUUAGAGUUUACCUUAGAGACUGUUGCUCUUAGAAUGUUAGACAGUGACAGGUUAGAGUUUACCUUAGAGACUGUUGCUCUUAGAAUGUUAGACAGUGACAGGUUAGAGUUUACCUUAGAGACUGUUGCUCACUGUGUUAGACAGUGACAGGUUAGAGUUGACCUUAGAGACUGUUGCUCUUAGAAUGUUAGACAGUGACAGGUUAGAGUUUACCUUAGAGACUGUUGCUCACUGUGUUAGACAGUGACAGGUUAGAGUUGACCUUAGAGACUGUUGCUCUUAGAAUGUUAGACAGUGACAGGUUAGAGUUUACCUUAGAGACUGUUGCUCUUAGAAUGUUAGACAGUGACAGGUUAGAGUUUACCUUAGAGACUGUUGCUCUUAGAAUGUUAGACAGUGACAGGUUAGAGUUUACCUUAGAGACUGUUGCUCACUGUGUUAGACAGUGACAGGUUAGAGUUGACCUUAGAGACUGUUGCUCUUAGAAUGUUAGACAGUGACAGGUUAGAGUUUACCUUAGAGACUGUUGCUCACUGUGUUAGACAGUGACAGGUUAGAGUUUACCUUAGAGACUGUUGCUCUUAGAAUGUUAGACAGUGACAGGUUAGAGUUUACCUUAGAGACUGUUGCUCACUGUGUUAGACAGUGACAGGUUAGAGUUUACCUUAGAGACUGUUGCUCUUAGAAUGUUAGACAGUGACAGGUUAGAGUUUACCUUAGAGACUGUUGCUCACUGUGAUAGACAGUGACAGGUUAGAGUUUACCUUAUAGACUGUUGCUCUUAGAAUGUUAGACAGUGACAGGUUAGAGUUUACCUUAGAGACUGUUGCUCUUAGAAUGUUAGACAGUGACAGGUUAGAGUUUACCUUAGAGACUGUUGCUCUUAGAAUGUUAGACAGUGACAGGUUAGAGUUUACCUAAGAGACUGUUGCUCUUAGAAUGUUAGACAGUGACAGGUUAGAGUUUACCUUAGAGACUGUUGCUCACUGUGUUAGACAGUGACAGGUUAGAGUUGACCUUAGAGACUGUUGCUCUUAGAAUGUUAGACAGUGACAGGUUAGAGUUUACCUUAGAGACUGUUGCUCUUAGAAUGUUAGACAGUGACAGGUUAGAGUUUACCUUAGAGACUGUUGCUCUUAGAAUGUUAGACAGUGACAGGUUAGAGUUUACCUUAGAGACUGUUGCUCACUGUGUUAGACAGUGACAGGUUAGAGUUGACCUUAGAGACUGUUGCUCUUAGAAUGUUAGACAGUGACAGGUUAGAGUUUACCUUAGAGACUGUUGCUCACUGUGUUAGACAGUGACAGGUUAGAGUUUACCUUAGAGACUGUUGCUCUUAGAAUGUUAGACAGUGACAGGUUAGAGUUUACCUUAGAGACUGUUGCUCACUGUGUUAGACAGUGACAGGUUAGAGUUUACCUUAGAGACUGUUGCUCUUAGAAUGUUAGACAGUGACAGGUUAGAGUUUACCUUAGAGACUGUUGCUCUUAGAAUGUUAGACAGUGACAGGUUAGAGUUUACCUUAGAGACUGUUGCUCUUAGAAUGUUAGACAGUGACAGGUUAGAGUUUACCUAAGAGACUGUUGCUCUUAGAAUGUUAGACAGUGACAGUUCCUCCUGUCCCACUCUCAUGUCACGACACAGAAAAGACUGUUCAGUUCGUGUGUGUAUGUGCACUCUUCUACAGUAAAAAGACUGGUCAUCUUUGACUUAUUCCACAUUUUGCUGUGUUACAGCAUGAAUUCAAAAUGGAUGAAAUAUCUUUUUUUCUCUCUCACCCAUUUACUCACAAUACCCCAUAAUGGGAAAAAAAGAGAACAUGUUUUUAGAAACUAGCAAAUUUCUUGAAGAUGAAAUACAGAAAUAUCUCAUUUACAAAUAUCUCAUUCACACCCCUGAGACAAUACAAUGUUAGAAUCACCUUUGGCAGUGGUUACAGCUGUGAGUCUUUCUGGGUAAGUCUCUAAGAGCUUUUAACACUUUAAAACAAAAAACAAAAAAAACAAAAAAAUUACCCAUAUUGUAAAGUGCUUGUCCCACUGGCUAUCAUAAGGUGAAUGCACCAAUUUGUAAGUCGCUCUGGAUAAGAGUGUCUGCUAAAUGACGUAAAUGGAAAUGGAAACACCUGGAUCGUACAAUAUUUGCACAUUAUUUUGUUUCAAGCUGUGUCAAGUUGGUUGUUGAUCAUUGCUAGACAACCAUUUUCAGGUCUUGCCAUAGAUCUUCAAGCAGAUUUAAGUCAAAACUGUAACUCGGCCACUCAGGAACAUUCACUGUUUUCUUGGUAAGCAACUCUCUAGUGUCCCCAGUCCAUAAUGAUUACAAGCAUACCCAUAACAUGAUGCAUCCACCACUAUGCUUGAAAAUAUGGAAAGUGGUACUCGGUAAUGUGUUGUAUUGUAUUUUCCCCAAACAUAACACUUUGUAUUCAGGACAGAAAGUGAAUUGCUUUGCCACGUUGUUUGCAGUAUUACUUUAGUGCCUUGUUGCAAACAGGAUGCAUGUUUUGGAAUAUUUUUAUUCUGUACAGGCUUCCUUCUUUUCACUCUUUCAGUUAGGUUAGUAUUGUGGAGUAACUAGAAUGUUGUUGAUCCAUCCUCAGUUUUCUCCCAUCACAGCCAUUAAACUCUGUAACUGUUUUAAAGUCACCAUUGGCCUCAUGGUGAAAUCCCUGAGCGGUUUCCUUCCUCUCCAGCAACUGAGUUAGGAAGGAUGCCUGUAUCUUUGUGGUGACUGGGUGUAUUGAUACACCACCCAAAGUGUAAUUAAUAAAUUCACCAUGCUCAAAGGGAUAUUCAAUGUCUGCUUUUUCUAGCAAUUGCCCUCCUUUGCACGCAAGUCAUUGGAAAACCUCCCUGGUCUUUGUGGUUGAAUCUGUGCUUGAAAUUCACUGCUCGACUGCGCGACCUUAUAGAUAAUUGUAUGUGUGGGGUACAGAGAUGAGGAAGUCAUUCAAAAAUCAUGUUAAACGUUAUUAUUGCACACAGAGUCCAUUCAAUUUAUUAUGUGACUUGUUAAGCAAAUGUUUACUCCUGAGCUUAUUUAGGCUUGCCAUAAAAAAAGGGGUUGAAUUCUUAUUGACUCAAGACAUUUAAUUAAUUUGUACAAAUGUUGAAAAACAUAAUUCAAUUUUGACAUUAUGGGGUAUUGUGUGUAGGCCAAUGACAAAAAAAAAUCUAAAUGUAAUCCGUUUUAAAUUCAGGUUUUAACACAACAAAAUGUGGAAAAAGUCAAAGGGUAUGAAUACUUUCUCAAGCACUCUGUCUUUUUUCUCAGAUGAGUGGAUUGAAGUGUCGAUGAUAAAUGGAUGACAGGAUUAGGCUGUUUUUGAUGUGCUAGCAGCCAUCGUGGAAGUCAUGUUGAGAGGUUGUACCAUUUGUAAUUGAGGACAGACUCAUUGAGGACAGGGGUGUAACCAGUAAUGUUGAGAGGUUGAACCAUUUUGUAAUUGAGGACAGGGGUGUAACCAUUUGUAAAGUGCUUUGCAAUAUUGAAAAUAUAUAAUUAUAUGUGUUCUGAUUGCAACCUAUCCAAAACAAACAAAUAAUGUACUUAACAUUUGGCAAAGCAUUAAUUUAUUCCUCUACGUAAAGCCUCUGGCCGCUUCUCUCUCAUAUGCUGACAAACUAGUCUUUGAUAUCCUGUCUCAGGGUAAUUACAAUGUUUGUCUGUUUUAACUGGAGGCUAUGCUCUGUGUUAACUACCGUCUAAUCAUUAUGGGCUGGGAGUUUCGAACUGCAUCGCCUUUUAUUUCCUGAUCUUCAUUCAAAGCCUCUUUUUAUUUCCUGAUCUUCAUUCAAAGUGUCUCCCAUCUCAAGGUGUAUAUGGAGAGACUACAGUAUCUUCCUGUUCCUGUCCUUGGCUCAGUCUGCUAUUAGCUCUGGCCUAAUUCAUGGUGUCAUUGCGUGUGCGUGUGCGUGCGUGUGUGGUCAAAAGAAGUGCACUAUGAAGGGAAUAUGGUGUUAUUAGGAUGGAGACAGGGUAGACGGUCCACAGACAACCUGAGGGCUCCAGAACCAAAUGAUUCCUCAGCACUCAGCCUGCCUGGUCUAGGCCCACAGACAACCUGAGGGCUCCAGAACCAAAUGGUCCCUCAGCCUGCCUGGUCUAGGUCCACAGACAACCUGAGGGCUCCAGAACCAAAUGGUCACUCGGCACUCAGCCUGCCUGGUCUAGGCCCACAGACAACCUGAGGGCUCCAGAACCAAAUGAUUCCUCAGCACUCAGCCUGCCUGGUCUAGGCCCACAGACAACCUGAGGGCUCCAGAACCAAAUGGUCCCUCAGCACUCAGCCUGCCUGGUCUAGGUCCACAGACAACCUGAGGGCUCCAGAACCAAAUGGUCCCUCAGCACUCAGCCUGCCUGGUCUAGGUCCACAGACAACCUGAGGGCUCCAGAACCAAAUGGUCCCUCGGCACUCAGCCUGCCUGGUCUAGGCCCACAGACAACCUGAGGGCUCCAGAACCAAAUGGUCCCUCAGCACUCAGCCUGCCUGGUCUAGGUCCACAGACAACCUGAGGGCUCCAGAACCAAAUGGUCCCUCGGCACUCAGCCUGCCUGGUCUAGGUCUACCAGCGGAGCUACCAGCGGAGCUACCAACGGAGCUACCAGCGGAGCUACUAACUCAAUUGCCGGAGAGGAAGGAUACCGCUCAGGGAUUUCACCAUGAGGCCAAUGGUAACUUUAAAACAGUUACAGAGUUUAAUGGCUGUGAUAGGAAAAAACUGAGGAUGGAUCAACAACAUUGUAGUUACUCCACAAUACUAACCUAAUUGACAGAGUCAAAAGAAGGAAGCCUGUACAGAAUGCAAAUAUUCCAAAACAUGCAUCCUGUUUGCAACAAGGCACUUUUGUCCUGAAUACAAAUUGUUUUAUGUUUGGGGCAAAUCCAAUACAACACAUUACUGAGUACCGCUCUCCAUAUUUUCAAGCAUAGUGGUGGCUGCUUCAUGUCAUGGGUAUGCUUGUAAUCGUUAUGGACUGGGGAGUUUUUCAGGAUAAAAAAUAAACGGAAUAGAGCUAAGCACAGGCAAAAUCCUAGAGGAAAACCUGGUUCAGUCUGCUUUCCAACAGACACUGGGAGAUGAAUUCACCUUUCAGCAGGACAAUAACCUAAAACACAAGGACCAAAUCUACACUGGAGUUGCUUACCAAGAAGACCGUGAAUGUUCCUGAGUGGCCGAGUUACAGUUUUGACUUAAAUCUACUUGAAAAAUCUAUGACAAGAUUUGAAAAUGGUUGCUGAGCAAUGAUCAACAACCAAUUCGACAGAGGUUGAAGCAUUUUGAAAAGAAUAAUGGGCAAAUGUUGCACAAUCCAGGUGUGGAAAGCUCUUAGAGACUUACCCAGAAAGACUCACAGCUGUAAUCACUGACAAAGGUGCUUCUACAAAGUUUUGACUCAGGGGUGUGAAUACUUAUGUAAAUGAGCUAUUUCUGUAUGUCAUUUUCAAUAAAUUAGCAAACAUUUCUAAAAACAUGUUUUCACUUUGUCAUUAUGGGGUAUUGUGUGUAGAUGGGUGAGAGAAAAUCUGUCCAACACAUUACAAAUGUGGAAGACGUGAAGGGGUAUGAAUACUUUCUGAAUGCACUGGAUCUUGAAAACUUGAGUGUUGUCAUGCAAAACAUUUUGGGACUAUAUCAACAAUGGACUAAUGAAACAAAUACCCCAAGUUUUUGGGUGGAAUUUUCCUUUAACAUGGUCCUGUCACACCAGAACUGUCGUAAAGAAGGCACGGAAACGACUCCUUAACGAUUUGGCAUUGCCCCUCAGAUCCUCAGGAACUUUUACAGUCGCACAUUCGAGAGCAUCCUGACUGGUUGUAUCAUCGUCUGGUAUGGCAGCUGCACCGCCCACGACAGGAAGGCCCUACAGAGGGUGGUGCAUCACUGGAGCCGAGCUCCCAGCCAUCCAUUUUUUACAUUUUACAUUUUAGUCAUUUAGCAGACGCUCUUAUCCAGAGCGACUUACAGGAGCAAUUAGGGUUAAGUGCCUUGCUCAAGGGCACAUCGACAGAUUUUCACCUAGUCAGCUCGGGGAUUAGUACCAGGGACCUUUCGGUUACUGGCACAACGCUCUUAACCACUAAGCUACCUGCCGCCACAGGACGUACAUGCCAGGCGGUGUCUGAGUAAGGCCCGAAAAAUUGCCAAAGACUCCAGCGACCCGAGACAUGGACUGUUCUCCAUGCUCCCGCCUGGCAGGCGGUACCGGUGCAUCAAGGCUCAGACAAACAGAGUCCUAAACAGCUUUUAUCCCCUUGCCAUAAGACUGUUAGAUGGCUAACAACUACUGCUCGCCCAUCCACAGGUCUCUACCCACUCAGACCUACGCUGCAGCUAAAAUGAUUAUUUGAUUAGAUGUAUUACUCCAUUACGCUGCUGUCCAUUGAUUGCCAUUACCAUUAGUAUGAAUCUAUUUAUCCUGCUACUGGUCACUAUUAUUCCUGUUUACAUGUACAACAAUGGCCACCAACCGGUCGAUUGUGAUCGACUGGUCGAUCUUCAAGGCAUUACUAGUCGAUCACCAAACAUUUCUGUAGAAAAGCCUUACGAUAAUGGCAUAAAGGUUUGCGUUCCUUUUUUUCUGUGUUGCCCUGUUGGCGGUAGGUGCAGUUGAUUCAGAAGCCCUGUUGGCGGUAGGUGCAGUUGAUUCAGAAGCCCUGUUGGCGGUAGGUGCAGUUGAUUCAGAAGCCCUGUUGGCGGUAGGUGCAGUUGAUUCAGAAGCCCUGUUGGCGGUAGGUGCAGUUGAUUCAGAAGCCCUGUUGGCGGUGGGUGCAGUUGAUUCAGAAGCCCUGUGCACUGGGUAGACAAAGUGUUCCCAUUUUGAACCAUUUCAUUUGUCUGAAAAGACAAAAUCUCUGCCUACCCGGCGGACCGGGAGAUCUAUGGCUAAAUCGAGUGUGCCUAAUGCCCUAGCCAAUCAGAUAGCUCAAAUCACCGUGCCUACCAACAGCUUCAACAACCACAGCAAAGUUUGAUACUAGCCUAUGUGAGAUUUCAUAACUUUUAACACCAUGACCAGAGAGAGACUGUCAAAGAAUACAGCAAAGAGCUGCUGUUUCUAUGAGUGAGUUCAUGUUUAAGUUUUAUUCAGCAGUGUCAACAAUGUUUUUAUUCAACACUAUUACAAAACCUAAAAGGCGCUUCUCUCUACUUCCACUCGCUGCAGCUGAAAUGAAUGAGUAGCCAAGUGUAGGCUAUCGAUAACCCUGCGUUUUUAUUAUUAUUAUUAUUAUUAGCAGCUCGUCUGUCUAUUUUAAUAUCGAGGAGUAUUUCACAUUCUCUAGUCAUCAUGAGUUUGUGCCUGAGGCAGAUGCGGUGCGACUUGAGUUUCGCCAUCAGGUGGAAGACGGUGUCUCCUCUCUCUGGUCAGUCUCACCGGAGGAAAGGAAAGAGAGAGCAGGGACCGUGCUCUCUCCCUCCCUCCCUCCCUCCCUCCCUCCCUCCGCUGAGACUAAUGCCGUGUUCAAAACAACUGGGAACUCGUAAAUCUCAGACUUCAGUGCGUUCAAGACAACUGGGAACUCCAAAAAGAAUUAGGUCCGACGGGGUAAAAUAGUUUGGAACGGUCAUCCCUCUCGGAACAUCGGGCAUCUUUCUAGAUGGAACUAAGGGGCCCGAACCAUGAAAAACAGCCCCAGACCAUUAUUCGUCCUCCACCAGACUUUACAGUUGGCACUAUGCAUUGGGGUAGGUAGCGUUCUACUGGCAUCCACCAAACCCAGAUUUGUCCGUCGGACUGCCACAUGAUGAAGCGUGAUUCAUCACUCCAGAGAACACGUUUCCACUGUUCCAGAGUCCAAUGGCGGCGAGCUUUACACCACUCCAGUCGACGCUUGGCAUUGCGCAUGGUGAUCAUAGGCUUUGUGUGCGGCUACUCAGCCAUGGAAACCCAUUUAAUGACACUUCCGACGAACAGUUCUUGAGCUGACGUUGAUUCCAGAGGCAGUUUGGAACUCGGUAGUGAGUGUUGUAACCGAGGACAGACAAAUCUUACUCGCUAUGCGCUUCAGCACUCGGCAUAUCAAGAAGCUGAUUACACAGGUGCACAUUGUGCUGUGGACAAUAAAAGGCCACUCUAAAAUGUGCAGUUUUGUCACACAACACAGUGCCACAGAUGUCUCAAGCUUUGAGGGAGUGUGGAAUUGGCAUGGUGACUGUAGGAAUGUCCAGCAGAGCUGUUGCCAGAUAAUUGAAUGUUCAUUUCUCUACUUUAAGCCACCUCCAACGUCGUUUUAGAGAAUUUGGCAGUACGUCCAACCGGCCUCAUAACCGCAGACCACGUGUAACCACACCAGCCCAGGACCUCCACAUCCGGCUUCUUCACAUGCAGAGAUAAUCUGAGACCGAAGAAUUUCUGUAAAAAACGGUCAUAAACCGUCUCAGGGAAGCCCAUCUGCGUGCUCGUCGUCCUCACCAGGGUCUUGACCCGACUGCAGUUCGGCGUCGUAUGUCACGCCCUGGCUCGGGGGACUCUCGUAUGUUGAGCCAGGGUGUUAGUUUCUAUGUUUUUGUUGUGGGUCUAGGUUACUUAUUUCUAUGUUGGUCUGAGUGACUCCCAAUCAGAGGCAACGAGUGUCAGCUGGUUGUCUCUGAUUGGGAGCCAUAUUUAAACAGUCGGGUUUUCAUUCGUGUUUGUGGGUUUUUGUUUCGAGUCUGUUUAUGGUAACCGUGAACUGUCACGUAUCGUUCAUUGUUUUGUUCGUGUUGCCUUCAGUGAGAAUAAAUAUGUUUGCAUUCAACGCUGCGCAUUGGUCCACUCUGUUAGACGAUCUUGACAGAAAAACCCACCACAACUGGACCAAGCAGCGAGUCGAGUAGCCAUCGCCAGGGAAAUCGCUGGCAGAUCUCCGUGGCAGCUUCGACUGGGUCAAGCCCAUUGAGGAGCUGAGUGACGAGGGUUGGAGACAGAGGAGCGAGAGGUGGGCGAGAACGAUGGAGGCCUGGCCCACGGGGAGGAGAGACCCCCAGAAAAUUUUUAGGGGGGGGCUCACAACGUCGGGGCAGCAGGAGGCCGCUAUGGAGCGGUCCAGCGGGGUUGCAGAGGAGGCCGCCAGGUUACGGGGGCCACUGGUAGAAGAGGGGAUGGAAGGUGUAGAGGCACGGCGAGAGGUACUGGGGUGUGUUACCAGUCCGGUCCGGCCCGUUCCAGAUCCCGGUGUAGGGCCAGUGGUGUGUGUCCCUAGUACGGUCCGGUCUGUUCCUGCUCCCCGCACCAAGUCUGUGGUGCGUCUCGUCAGCCCGGCUCUGCCCGUUCCUGCUCUCCGCACCAGGUCUGUGGUGCGCGUCGCCAGCCCAGUCCGGCCCAUUCCUGCUCCCCGCACCAAGCCUGUGGUGCGUCUCGUCAGCCCGGCUCUGCCCGUUCCUGCUCCCCGCACCAGGUCUGGGGUGCGCGUCGCCAGCCCAGUCCGGCCCAUUCCUGCUCCCAGCACCAAGUCUGUGGUGCGUUUCGUCAGCCCUGUCCGGCCCGCUCCUGCUCCCCACACCAAGCCAGUGGUGUGCGUCGUCAGUUCAGCACGGCCCGUGCCUGUUCCCCACACCAAGCCAGUGGUGUGCGUCGUCGGUCCGGCACGGCACGUGCCUGUUCCACUGGUGCCUGGUCCGGCGCCAGUCAGAUGCGUUACGCCGGAGCUAGAGCAAUCCGCUCCACCAGUGUGCAGUCCAGCUCCGGUCAGCAGGACCAGACCGGACCAGGGGUACUUUGGGGGGUUAGAGAGCGAGUGGGGAUCAUGCCCGGAGCCGGAUCCACCGCCUAGGCGGAGUGCCCACCCGGUCCCUCCCCUGUUGUGUUUCGUUGGCGCGGUCGGAGUCCGCGCCUUUAGGGGGGGGUACUGUCACGCCCUGGCUCGGGGGACUCUCGUAUGUUGAGCCAGGGUGUUAGUUUCUAUGUUUUUGUUGUGGGUCUAGGUUACUUAUUUCUAUGUUGGUCUGAGUGACUCCCAAUCAGAGGCAACGAGUGUCAGCUGGUUGUCUCUGAUUGGGAGCCAUAUUUAAACAGUCGGGUUUUCAUUCGUGUUUGUGGGUUUUUGUUUCGAGUCUGUUUAUGGCAACCGUGAACUGUCACGUAUCGUUCAUUGUUUUGUUCGUGUUGCCUUCAGUGAGAAUAAAUAUGUUUGCAUUCAACGCUGCGCAUUGGUCCACUCUGUUAGACGAUUUUGACAUCGUAACAGACUUCAGUGGGCAAAUGCUCACCUUCAACGGCCACUGGUAUGCUGGUGCAGUGUGCUCUUCACGGAUGAAUCUCAGUUUCAACUGUACCGGGCAGAUGGCAGACACUAUGUAUGGCGUCGUGUGGGCGAGCAGUUUGCUGAUGUCAGUGUUGAGAACAGAGUGCCCCAUGGUGGUGGUGGGGUUAUGGUAUGGGCAGGCAUAAGCUACGGACAACGAACACAAUUGCAUUUUAUUGAUGGCAAUUUUAAUGUACAGAGAUACCAUGACGAGAUCCUGAGGCCCAUUGACGUGCCAUUCAUCCACCGCCAUCACCUCAUGUUUCAGCAUGAUAAUGCCCCAUGGAUCUGUACACAAUUCCUGGAAGCUGAAAAUGUCCCAGUUCUUCCAUGGCCUGCAUAGUCACCAGACAUGUCACCCAUUUGAGAAUGUUUGGGAUGCUCUGGAUCGACAGCGUGUUUCCCGUCAAUAUCCAGCAACUUCGCACAGCCAUUGAAGAGGAGUGGGACAGCAUUCCACAGGCCACAAUCAACAGCCUGUUCAACUCUAGGAGAUGUGUCGCGCUGCAUGAAUGAAUUUCUUUCAAUCAACUGAUUUCCUGAACUGUAAGUUGUUGCGUUUAUUUUUGUUCAGUGUAUAUUAUUAUUAUCAGUGCAUUGUUGGGAAAGAGCUCUCAAGGUAAGAAUUUCACUGUACUGUUUUCCACCUGUUGCAUCCUGUGGCGAAUAAACGAUCUGUUUAAUGAGAGAGAGAGAGAGAUAGAGAGAACCCCGCUACUAUCCAACAUAAUUUUGCCUCCAGGGCUAACCAACACAAUGUAACAGGGAGAUAGGUUAUAAAGACGUGUAGAUCUGUAGACCCAUUCAAACGGCUGAAUGGAGCUUCAUACACACACUGCCUAGACUACAUACGUCAUUAGGCACAAGAGAACAGCGAAAUUGUGUUUAAUAGCAUCAACAGAUGGAGUAUUUUCUCUUUCUGUUGUGUUGUCUGCAAACAGAGCUAAAUGGCAAGAUUAUUCAAUCACAGUGUCGGUGCGUGGUUAAUAUCCAUUUGGGAAGCCAAGCCAGGAAAAAAAGCCCUAUGACGAGCUGUGUUGUUUUCUCUAUAACCUGUUAGUUCAUAUGCCACCUUUUGAUAUAUAAGGCAGAGACAGCAAGAAGACAAUAGUCCCACAGUGGGGGAAUAUAUUAAACCAGUGGUGGUUGGGGCCAUUUAAGAUAAGAGAGGAUGAUUUUUUUUUAAAUUAUGAGCAUGGCCUUAUUUCUAUUACAGCAUGUUGGAUGACUGUCAUUCAUAUUCCAUUCACCCAGCUCAAUGUAACAUAGAUAGGUUUAGGAUACUAUAUGAUACUCUAAUGUUCCCUAUAGCCAUCAUGAGGUUCCUACAACCUAGCUUAUGAAUGAAAGUUUACAACGUACAGUAGGUGCACUGGUCAAGAGAAUUUUGAGUAAUCAAGGUGACAGACAUUGACACAUUCAAUACCGCCUUGCGCACUCUUGCCUGCAUCUAGCUGAUCUAGGGUGUAAUCAUUAGUCCAACAGUUUCAAACGAGAGUUUCUAUUGGACAAAUUCAGGUAUGUUUAUCCCCGUUUCAUUCCGUUUUUCAACAGAAUCUGAGAAAUGAAUACACCCCUGAUCACACGCAAACAGUUCACUUUCAUAGCAGCCACGUACAAACAGCAUGAUUUUUACAUUUUUAGUCAUUUAGCAGACGCUCUUAUCCAGAGCGACUUACAGUUAGUGAGUGCAAACAUUUUUUUUUUUUUGUUCAUACUAGUCCCCCGUGGGAAUCGAUCCCACAACCCUGGCGUUGCAAGCGCCAUGCUCUACCAACUGAGCUACACGGGAUCACUUUGCUCAUUAAUUCCUUCUCUCAACUAUCUAUGUGCUCUCCUCCUCUCACCUUUUCCCUUUGCUUGUGGACUUUAGUGCACAACACAUCAGCUGUCUGUGACCAGGCGAAAAAACCUUUCCGAGCCGAACCUUCAUAUAAUGACCGCUAACCGCUACACACAGCCUACAUCCUUGUCACGUCAUAGUCAACUAGAGCUACUACAACUAACGUGUUAGUAAACCAAGCAGUACAGUGUACAGUCAGAAAGCAGUUUAGCAGUUAUACCGGCGGCCCCCUGGUGGCAAUAAAUGAAUAAAACCAAAAGCUUACCUGAACUUACCUGAACUUGGAAGAGUUCCAGUGUUGGAUAGUCAUAGCCACCUAGCUAACAUAGCAUCCCUCUCUGUUUGAGUUAGGUGUUUGAGUAGGCUAAACUAGCUAGCUGCAUUCGCUAGCAUUUUUAAAUAAAUUAAUUAGCUCUACCAGCUGAGCUACAGAGGACCAGUUCCAGCCAGCUAGCUAACAUAGCAUCCCUCUCUGUUUGAGUUAGGUGUUUGAGUAGGCUAAAUGGAGCAAUUUCCAAACACCUGAAGGUACCACGUUCAUCUGUACAAACAAUAGUACGCAAGUAUAAACACCAUGGGACCACGCAGCCGUCAUACCGCUCAGGAAGGAGACACGUUCUGUCUCCUAGAGAUGAACAUACUUUGGUGCGAAAAGUGCAAAUCAAUCCCAGAACAACAGCAAAGGACCUUGUUAAGAUGCUGGAGGAAACGGGUACAAAAGUAUCUAUAUCCACAGUAAAACGAGUCCUAUAUCGACAUAACCUGAAAGGCCGCUCAGCAAAGAAGAAGCCACUGCUCCAAACCGCCAUAAAAAAGCCAGACUACGGUUUGCAACUGCACAUGGGGACAAAGAUCGUACUUUUUGGAGAAAUGUCCUCUGGUCUGAUGAAACAAAAAUAGAACUGUUUGGCCAUAAUGACCAUCGUAAUGUUUGGAGGAAAAAGGGGGUCGCUUGCAAGCCGAAGAACACCAUCCCAACCGUGAAGCAUGGGGGUGGCAGCAUCAUGCUGUUGGGGUGCUUUGCUGCAGGAGGGACUGGUGCACUUCACAAAAUAGAUGGCAUCAUGAGGAAGGAAAAUUAUGUGGAUAUAUUGAAGCAUCAUCUCAAGACAUCAGUCAGGAAGUUAAAGCUUGGUCGCAAAUGGGUCUUCCAAAUGGACAAUGACCCCAAGCAUACUUUCAAAGUUGUGGCAAAAUGGCUUAAGGACAACAAAGUCAAGGUAUUGGAGUGGCCAUCACAAAGACCUGACCUCAAUCCUAUAGAAAAUUUGUGGCCAGAAAAGGCGUGUGCGAGCAAGGAGGCCUACAAACCUGACUCAGUUACACCAGCUCUGUCAGGAGGAGUGGGCCAAAAUUCACCCAACUUAUUGUGGGAAGUUUGUGGAAGGCUACCCGAAACGUUUGACCCAAGUUAAACAAUUUAAAGGCAAUGCUACCAAAUACUAAUUGAGUGUAUGUAAACUUCUGACCCACUGGGAAUGUGAUGAAAGAAAUAAAAGCUGAAAUAAAUCAUUCUCUCUACUAUUAUUCUGACAUUUCACAUUCUUAAAAUAAAGUGGUGAUCCUAACUGACCUAAGACAGGGAAUUUUUACUAGGAUUAAAUGUCAGGAAUUGUGAAAAACUGAGUUUAAAUGUAUUUGGCUAAGGUGUAUGUAAACUUACGACUUCAACUGUAUAUGUGUGUGUAUACAGUACCAGUCAAAAGUUUGGACACACCUACUCAUUCAAGGGUUGUUCUUUAUUUAUACUAUUUCCUACAUUGUAGAAUAACAGUGAAGACAUCAGAACUAUGAAAUAACACAUAUGGAAUCAUGUAGUAACCCAUAAAGUAUUAAACAAAUCAAAAUAUAUUUUAUAUCUGAGGUUCUUCAAAUAGCCACCCUUUGCCUUAAUGACAGCUUUGCACACUCUUGGCAGGGGCACAAUGUAUGAAUUAUGGUUGGAUCAGAAUCACCGUUAUAAUUAUUUGCCGGUACGGAGAAUUAAGUAAAACCACAAGUCCAAAUCCCGAUCACCAUCCAUGGCUAAUUUAGGAAAGGGACGAUUUUAGCUAGCUAGCUAGCCACCGGAGGACAACUUCCCAACGAGAUGCAACAAUUCAUGUUUUUUCUGUCAAUUACAUUUUGCUUUUGAUGUGAUGUGAUUGGUGUGAAGCCAAAAUCCAAAGUGGCUUUCCUUUGUAAACAGAAGUGCUUGACGGUCAUAUGUGAUAAUAGUAUGAACUUUCUGUACAAAAAAAGUCAAGAUAAACGUCACUAAAUAGCAAAGUUGGGUUGGAACUCAUAAGAUGUUACCCUUCUCCCCAGACAGCAUAAGACACACGGUCUACAUAUACUGAGACAGAGGGGCGCUGUUUCCCUCGCUUGGAUGCUUUCUCCAGUGUGAUACAUUUAGCCACUUGCGAAUUGAAGGAAAAUUAUGAAACAGAGAGACAAAAUAGCAUUGAAUUUAAUAGCAAGGGUAGCCUGCGAGCAUUUGGCCUCCCUUGAUAAAAAAAAAAGGUAUAAAAUAAUAACUAAUCAGCGUUGAGCUAAACUGAGUGAGCUCAACUGUGAAUGGUCCUGGCGCCCAAAAAAACAAGUGUCAAGGGAAACCAGAUUGGAUUUGGCUUCACACCAAUCACAUCACAUCAAAAGCAAAACAUAAUUUACUGAGAAAAAAAAAACGUGAAUAGUUGCAUAUCGUUGUGUCGUUGUCCUCCGGUGGCUAGCAAUCUAGCUAGCUAAAAUCAUCCCUUUCCUAAAUUAGCCAUGGAUGGUGAUCGGGAUUUGGACUUGUGGUUUUAUUUAAUUCUCCGUACCAGCAAAUAAUUUUAACGGUGAUUCUGAUCCAACCAUAAUUCACACAUUGUUUUCCUGGAGCUAGGGGUAUUGGAUUUAUCAGAAGUCAUGCCCACCAUCAAGAAAACAGAUUCCUGUUCUGAAAACAGUUGUGUUGCAUAUUGGGUCUAAUGAUGUUAUGUUUGUGAAAUCUAUAAAGCUAAGAGACAAUUUCUUACAGCUCUUGGAGAAUGAUCAGAAAUUAGCAGAACAUGUAAUUGUCUCGGGCCGAAUUCCAUCUCCUCGCCGUUGAGGGACUGAGUGUUUUAGCCGUCUUUGGUCUCUUCCUCAGUGGUUAAUGCGUCUGACCAAGGACUUGGGCAUGUCCUUCGUCGACAAUUUUGACUCCUUCUGGAAUAGGCCUGGCUACUUUGUGGAGACGGAAUUUACCUGGGUGAAAAUAGCUCCCGGCUGUUGUCAUGAAACAUUGGAAAGGUUCUUGGUCAACUAAAUUGAUGUGAGGACAGUAUUAGCAUUACAUGUAAGUUCGUUUUUACCAUCUCCUUUUUGGUGACUGUGAGAGUUCCACAUGUUGUAUCUGAAAGUGGUGACAUGCCUAAUGGUGCUAACCAGAGAUGUAUCUGAAAGUGGUGACAUGCCUAAUGGUGCUAACCAGAGAUGUUUCUGAAAGUGGUGACAUGCCUAAUGGUGCUAACCAGAGAUGUUUCUGAAAGUGGUGACAUGCCUAAUGGUGCUAACCAGAGAUGUAUCUGAAAGUGGUGACAUGCCUAAUGGUGCUAACCAGAGAUGUAUCUGAAAGUGGUGACAUGCCUAAUGGUUUAAUUGCUAUUCCUACUUUGUUUUCUUUUCCUAAUAGGUAUAAUCCAAUCUUUGAGUCUCCUGUUGUUCUGAAAUCUCAAAGUAAUCUGACUUGUAUUGAGGUUUGAAGUUUCUACAUCUUAUCAUUCGUAGUUUAUUACCUAAAAUGGAUAAUGUCAAGAUCUGGGCCUCUCAGUCAGACCCUGAUAUUUUUAUUGUAUCUGAAACCUGGUUAACUGAUAAAACCCUGGACUCUGAGGUUGCUAUGGAUGGUUACUAUGUGUUUAGGGCUGAUAGGAAAGACUAAGGUGGUGGUGUUGCUAUUUACACAAAGACUCUUCUGUCUGUGUCUCUGUUAAAGGCUACCUCCUGUCCUCAACCAUUUGAACUGUUGGCUUUAAGUCUUCAGUUGGGUUCAAACUCAAAAAGAACAGUUAUAGGCAGGGGUGCACAUAACUUUUCCAGUGAGUUACUCAGGUGAGUACCAGCAGAUGGUGUCUGGUACUCACCCCAUAUGUAGCGUGGUCUUAAUAAGUGCAGUCUUCCUCACUGUCCUCCUCAGUGUCGUCCCCCACUGUCCUCUGCUUCAGCUUCCUGCAUGGUAGAUGAUGAAGAUGCUGCAGAUGCACCUCCCUGUCCUUGGUUGAGCCUCUGAUUAGCUGUCUCCAUCCACAGGUCAACAGCAGGCUUUGGGUCAAAUGUCUCUGUGGUCUGCUUUGACAGGUGAAUGUGCAUCAGUGCUGAGAGACGAGCAUGUGACAGACGAGAUCUGUACUUGGUUUUUAUUAUGUUGAGAUGUGAGAAUCCCCUCUCACAAGCUGCACUGCUUAAAGGCAGUGUAAGAGACAGCUUAACCACCUUGUUGAUGUUGGAGUAAGCAUCUGGGUUACUUGUAUUUACUAUUUGGACCAAGUCAUACACAGAAGAGGCUCCCAGGCGUUUUCCUGCCUGCUUUAAGUGCAUCCAUUCUGUCACAGUGGUAUCUUUGUCAAGUUGCAAGGUGGCCUCAUAUUUCUUGAGAAUGCUGCAAACUGUUGUGUUUCCAAAACUGUGGAGGUCUUGCAUUUCCUGAGGCCAUGUUGAAGGAUCAAAUACUAAGAAAUGAUCACAUGACUUGAGGGAGUCAUAUCUGAUUUCAAACUCUUCAAUUAACCCCCUGAGUAAGUGUGUCUUGUCUCUGUCAGCAUCAGCAUUGGAAACAGUGUGUGCCCUGUGGCUUUCACCAUCAAGCAGAAGUGUGAACUGUCCAAUGGCCACCAUGAGUUCAUCCUUACAUUCUCCAAUGGUCAGCUUUUCCUUCUGAAACCUAAUGGAUGUGGUCUUCAAAAUGUUGCAAAUGUCAAGCAUGUUUGACAGAAAGCACUGAAAACGCUCUGAGCAGAUAUGCUGCAAGUCACUGUUAUCACUCGUAACCAGUUGCAUUUUAAUGGCUGGCAAUAGUCUUGAUAUUUUUAACAGUGUUUCAUGCCUCCAUGCAGACCAUCUGAUAUUAUGAAACUUACCCAGUUUCACAAAGGAGAUCCCAUUUUCUUCACAUAGCUUAUUCAGUGCAGCAGUUUUUUUUGCUCCACCUUUUUGUAAAUAAAACUGCAGCAGCUUGACCACAGAGCGAUUAAAUGUCUCACAGUAAGGAACGUUGCGAUCAGCUGAUUUCGCGCAAUUCUCCAGUGUGUGUGCGGUGCACAGAAUGUGCACAAGGUAGUCUCCAACCGCAGCAAGUUGCCGGAGUUUUGGCACAACGCCGUUGUAGAUACCUACGUUGACAGCAGCCCCGUCUGUGCACACGGCGACCAACUUUGUUGUCCAGUCAUCCAAGCCUGUGUCCUGGAAAAGUCUCACAAGUCCGUCUGUUAUGGCCUGCGCGGUUUGGUCAGCACCCAAUUCAAUCAGUCCAAUAAAGUCCGAAGUAAACUCUCCGUUGCUGGACACAGACACAAUGUAAACGAUUUCCUGUUCAGUUUUUGUGAUGUCCUCAGAUCCAUCAAAAAGCAGCCUCCAAAAUUCAGCAGACUGCAACUUGGCUCGUAACUCCCCGCUGAUGGUGUGAGCGAUGCUCUGCAUGAUCCGUGUGCCCCCUUCACGUGAAUGAUAUGCACCUCCGACAUUUACUCCUAGCCGCUUCAGUAAAGGAACAUCCUCAGAAUAGGAAGACAUGGGACGUGCGUGUUUAGCUUUAUGGAAGGCGAGGAGAAAAAUAUUAAACAGAGCUUGCCGCUGUUCUUCAUUCAGCUUGUCUCGCCAUCUGGCAAGUGGGCGACUGGACAUUUCUUCUCGGCUAGCUAGUUUAGCAAUGGCUUGCGCCACAUUCGUGUGCUCCUUGCUCUUUUCAUGUUUGUCAAAUAAAGGAUGGUUGAAAUUCUUUGAGCCUUUAUAAAAUGCACCUGUUUUGUCUGCUAGAUGUGGAUUUGAGCGGCAAAUCUUGCACCACAUUCGUUAGCUUCAAGCCACUGCACAUCUUGGAGCCACUUUUCCGAAAAAAUUAUUUUCUUCGGCUCUGGCUCCAGUUGGCGUUUCUUUGUAGGUGGCGAAACGCCAAAAGAAGCUGCUUAAUGUCUGUUGCUUUUUGGACAUCCCUGACAGUAGUUGACAAGCAACAUGUCAUGUGUAAGGUUAGAUGAGAAGAUCGGUCAAGUACGCAAAGGCGCGUAGUAACACAAGUGGCAUUACGCAUUCCUGAUUUCUGUUGCGCUUGCGUACCUGCGUACCAGUUAUGUGCACCCCUGGUUAUAGGAAUCUAUCGUCCAGCCUCCACUAAGAAGUGUGUACUAAACGAACUCACUGACUUAAUUGCCAUUUUUACUACCCCAGAGGUGUUGAUUGCUGGAGAUUUUAAUCUUGCAUGGGAACGCAGAAUGCUGACUGUUUAAAUGAUUUUUGUACUAAUCUAAAUUUGACCCAGCUGAUUACAAAGCCCACUCGUCCAAACUUAAAGGACCCUACGAAAUCUACUUUGAUUGACCUCAUACUUAUAAAUACUCCAGAGAAAUAUGGUGGGAGUGGGGUAUUUGCUUUGGAUAUUAGUGACCACUGUCCCAUUGUAUGUGUCAGGGAUAUACGGAUGCCUGGAUCCAAACCUUGCUUUAUCAACGAGGAAUUUUAAAAAUGUCAAUGAACAGGCCAUUUUCUGUGACCUUUAUUUAGGUGACUUUGAUUGUAUUACAUCUAUACCUGACCCAGAGUUGGCUCUGAACCACUUCUCAAAUGUUUUCAAUUGUAUUGUAGAUAAACAUGCGCCCUUUAAAAAACAGAGAAUUAAAAAAAGGUAUUGCCCUUGGUUCAGUCCAGAGCUAUCUGAAGUCAUACUCCAACAGAGAUGCUGCCUGGGCCAAAGCUAGAUUCACAGACUCGGGGUCCAGACUGGCAGUCUUUCAGGCGAUUUGAGAAAUCUGUGUGUAAAACUAGUUAAAAAAGCAAAAUUAGAUUAUUAUGUUAAUACACUAUCUGAAUGUACAGGGAACCCAGGUACAUUUUGGAAAGCUGUUACGUCACUGAAAGGUUGCGUCUCCUCUUCUCUCCCCCAAGGAAUUAAUUUAGAUUCUGGCCCUAUUACUGACAGAAUGGAUAUCAUUAAUGCAUUGAAUCACCGUUUUUAUCUCUGCAAGCUAUAUACAGUGGGGGAAAAAAGUAUUUAGUCAGCCACCAAUUGUGCAAGUUCUCCCACUUAAAAAGAUGAGAGAGGCCUGUAAUUUUCAUCAUAGGUACAAGUCAACUAGGAUAGACAAAAUGAGGAAAAAAAUUCCAGAAAAUCACAUUGUAGGAUUUUUAAUGAAUUGAUUUGCAAAUGAUGGUGGAAAAUAAGUAUUUGGUCAAUAACAAAAGUUUCUCAAUACUUUGUUAUAUACCCUUUGUUGGCAAUGACACAGGUCAAACGUUUUCUGUAAGUCUUCACAAGGUUGUCACACACUGUUGCUGGUAUUUUGGCCCAUUCCUCCAUGCAGAUCUCCUCUAGAGCAGUGAUGUUUUGGGGCUGUCGCUGGGCAACACAGACUUUCAACUCCCUCCAAGAUUUUCUAUGGGGUUGAGAUCUGGAGACUGGCUAGGCCACUCCAGGACAUUGAAAUGCUUCGUACGAAGCCACUCCUUCGUUGCCCGGGCGGUGUGUUUGGGAUCAUUGUCAUGCUGAAAGACCCAGCCACGUUUCAUCUUCAAUGCCCUUGCUGACGGAAGGAGGUUUUCACUCAAAAUCUCACGAUACAUGGCCCCAUUCAUUCUUUCCUUUACACGGAUCAGUCGUCCUGGUCCCUUUGCAGAAAAACAGCCCCAAAGCAUGAUGUUUCCACCCCCAUGCUUCACAGUAGGUAUGGUGUUCUUUGGAUGCAACUCAGCAUUCUUUGUCCUCCAAACACGACGAGUUGAGUUUUUACCAAAAGGUUCUAUUUUGGUUUCAUGACAUUCUCCCAAUCCUCUUCUGGAUCAUCCAAAUGCACUCUAGCAAACUUCAGACGGGCCUGGACAUGUACUGGCUUAAGCAGGGGGACACGUCUUGCACUGCAGGAUUUGAGUCCCUGGCGGCGUAGUGUGUUACUGAUGGUAGGCUUUGUUACUUUGGUCCCAGCUCUCUGCAGGUCAUUCACUAGGUCCCCCCGUGUGGUUCUGGGAUUUUUGCUCACCGUUCUUGUGAUCAUUUUGACCCCACGGGGUGAGAUCUUGCGUGGAGCCCCAGAUUGAGGGAGAUUAUCAGUGGUCUUGUAUGUCUUCCAUUUCCUAAUAAUUGCUCCCACAGUUGAUUUCUUCAAACCAAGCUGCUUACCUAUUGCAGAUUCAGUCUUCCCAGCCUGGUGCAGGUCUACAAUUUUGUUUCUGGUGUCCUUUGACAGCUCUUUGGUCUUGGCCAUAGUGGAGUUUGGAGUGUGACUGUUUGAGGUUGUGAACAGGUGUCUUUUAUACUGAUAACAAGUUCAAACAGGUGCCAUUAAUACAGGUAACAAGUGGAGGACAGAGGAGCCUCUUAAAGAAGAAGUUACAGGUCUGUGAGAGCCAGAAAUCUUGCUUGUUUGUAGGUGACCAAAUACUUAUUUUCCACCAUAAUUUGCAAAUAAAUUCAUUAAAAUUCCUACAAUGUGAUUUUCUGGAUUUUUUUUCCUCAAUUUGUCUGUCAUAGUUGACGUGUACCUAUGAUGAAAAGUACAGGCCUCUCUCAUCUUUUUAAGUGGGAGAACUUGCACAAUUGGUGGCUGACUAAAUACUUUUUUUCCCCACUGUAUUUGUAUUUCAAAGCCAGCUCUUGAAAAGAGUAGUUUGGAUGUUGAGUGAUACUGAAAACGCUACUCAGGAGUUUCCUUUUCGGAAAUUCACUGAUAAAGAAGUCCUGGAUGCUUUGCUAACAUUAAACAAAAUAAAAUCCACAGGGGCUGAUCAUUUGGAGCCUGGUCUGCUUAAGUGUGCAGCUCCCCUUAUUGCCGGCUCAGUAGGCCACAUUUUUAAUUUAACAUUGUUAUCAGGAAGCAUUCCAAAAGCAUGGAAAUCUGCAUAUGUGCUGCCCCUCCAUAAGGGUGGGGAAACACAUGAUCUGGACAACUAUCGCCCCAUUUCAAGACUACCUUGUUGAGCUAAGAUUAUUGAAUCCUUGGUUAAUGUACCACUUUGUUCCUUUUUAUCUGAUAGUUGUAUUUUUAAUAUAAACCAAUCAGGGUUUAGGCCUGGGCAUAGUGCUACCACGGCAACCACGCUAGUUGUUAAUGAUCUUGUCGAUGCCUUGGAUGCUAAAAAGAGCUGUGCUGCCUUGUUUAUUGACCUGCCAAAGGCGUUCGACACUGUUGAUCUGUUUUGCUGAAGACGUUAUCUAGAGUAGGCCUGGGAUAUACAGCCUGUUUAUGCUUUCAGAAUUAUCUUAGUGACUCAGGCCAUCUUGACAGACGGGGUUCAAUCUGAAUUUCUUGAGAUUCAAAAAGGUGUUCCUCAGGGUUCUAUUUUGGGUCCAUUAUUGUUCAUAUUAAUGACAGAGGAAACACUGUUAAUACUUGGAACAUUCAUCUCUAUGCAGAUGACACAGUUUUGUAUUCCUGUGCCACCUCAGUGCAGCAGGCCAUUCGUGAACUUCAGCAUGACUUUGAUUCAAUUCAGAAAUCACUUACAGAUCUUACAUUAGUGUGAAAUACAAGUAAAACCAAGCUCAUGUUGUUCUCUAGGGCACGAAAUGUUGACCCUGAGGACCUGCAUAUUUGCGCUACAAAUGGAGCCCAAAUUGAGCUAGUUUCUCAAUAUAAGUACCUGGGUGUCUGGAUUGAUGACAAGUUGUCCUUCGUAAUGCAUAUAGAAAAUCUGACUAAGAAGCUAAGAUCCAACAUUGUUUUUAUAUAUCUAAAUAAAUCAUGCCUCGGUAUUGAAAAUAGGAGAAAGAUUGUUCAAACAAUGCUUCUCCCUGUAUUGGAUUUUGGUGAUAUUGUUUACAUUGUGGCGUACCGCAGGUUACCCACCAGGGGGAGACUCGUCGAGGCCUGGUGACAGACAGUCUACAUUACGCGGCGAUGGCUCCCUCUGCUGGACGUGCCAGGUCUUGACAGGCACGUAUCCCGGAGGAGGUCUCCUGGAGGAGCCCAGAAGACGGUAUCCCGGAGGAGGUCUCCUGGAGGAGCCCAGAAGACGGUAUUCCGGAGGAGGUCUCCUGGAGGAGCCCAGAAGACGGUAUCCCGGAGGAGGUCUCCUGGAGGAGCCCAGAAGACUGUAUCCUGGAGGAGCCCAGAAGAUGGUAUCCCGGAGGAGGUCUCCUGGAGGAGCCCAAAAGACGUUAUCCUGGAGGAGGUCUCCUGGAGGAGCCCAGAAGACGGUAUCCCGGAUGAGGUCUCCUGGAGGAGCCCAAAAGACGGUAUCCUGGAGGAGGUCUCCUGGAGGAGCCCAGAAGACGGUAUCCCGGAGGACGUCUCCUGGAGGAGCCCUCCUGGAGGAGCCCAGAAGACGGUAUCCCGGAAGAGGUCUCCUGGAGGAGCCCAGAAGACUGUAUCUUAAUUAAGUUAAGAAUCAUAAGUUACCAAACCCGUUCUCAGGAAUGGGUAACACUAGAGAUCCCUUCAGUCUCCACAGAUUUGGGGAAAUCUGCAUUUAGGUUUUUUGACCCUAAUUUGUGGAACAAUCUGCAGAGUUCAGUGCAGUUAGAUGUUCUGGUGCCACUCAGGCAGUUUUAAAUUAUUGAUUGAGGACCUCUAUGUAGUUGAAUGUGAUUGCUUUUAUUACAUUUGUUUAUUGUGUGCUGAAUUAUAUUGUUUUAUAAACAUGUAUGUUGUUUUAUUAUUCUGUUUUUAUUGUAGUGUAUACAGGGCUCUCUUGUAAAAUAUAUUUUUAAUCUCAAUGUGACUCCCUGUUUAAAUAAAGGUUGGAUAAUCAAUAAAUAAUUGUGCCCCUGGCCUGAGAGGAUGGAAGUCCAAUAUGUAGCUACUAGCUAGAUGUAGCAGGCUAGGCUAAUGUUAAGUAGCUCUGGCUCAUCGUUGCUCAUGAAAGGAAGUUAGGCAAGUAAGUAUUUUAGCCAGGUAGCCUAGUCUAAGACAUCAAAAACUAAAAGCGUGUACUACUGUAUGACAGAGUCAUAGACCGUUUUGGUGACAUGGGAGGAGGACGGCAUGGCGUUCCUUUACAAGUAGGGUGAGUCAACAUGUUCUGGUGACAUGGGAGGAGGACGGCAUGGCGUUCCUUUACAAGUGGGGUGAGUCAACAUAUUUUGGUGACAUGGGAGGAGGACGGCAUGGCGUUCCUUUACAAGUAGGGUGAGUCAACAUGUUUUGGUGACAUGGGAGGAGGACGGCAUGGCAUUCCUUUACAAGUAGGGUGAGUCAACAUGUUUUGGUGACAUGGGAGGAGGACGGCAUGGCGUUCCUUUACAAGUAGAGUGAGUCAACAUGUUUUUUAUACUUGCGCACACACACACACACACACACACACACACACACAGGCCUACACCCAGAAAUCAGUGCCAUGGACAGCCACGUCAUAUUUAGCUUACGUUGAUUAGACUAAAUAGCUUUUGUUAUCUUUUAGUUGUCACUGUAUUACAUUUACAUUUACAUUUUAGUCAUUUAGCAGACGCUCUUAUCCAGAGCGACUUACAGGAGCAAUUAGGGUUAAGUGCCUUGCUCAAGGGCACAUUUACGUCAUUUAGCAGACGCUCUUAUCCAGAGCGACUUACAAAUUGGUGCAUUCACCCUAUAGCCAGUGGGAUAACCACUUUACACUUUUUUUUUUUGGGGGGGGGGGGGGGGGGGGGGGGGGGCGGGGGGGUAGAAGGAUUACUUUAUCCUAUCCCAGGUAUUCUUUAAAGAGGUGGGGUUUCAAAUGUCUCCGGAAGGUGGUGAGUGACUCCGCUGUCCUGGCGUCGUGAGGGAGCUUGUUCCACCAUUGGGGUGCCAGAGCAGCGAACAGUUUUGACUGGGCUGAGCGGGAACUAUGCUUCCGCAGAGGAAGGGGAGCCAGCAGUCCAGAGGUGGAUGAACGCAAUGCCCUCGUUUGGGUGUAGGGACUGAUCAGAGCCCGAAGGUACGGAGGUGCCGUUCCCCUCACUGCUCCAUAGGCAAGCACCAUGGUCUUGUAACGGAUGCGAGCUUCAACUGGAAGCCAGUGGAGUGUGCGGAGGAGGGGGGUGACGUGAGAGAACUUGGGAAGGUUGAACACCAGACGGGCUGCGGCAUUCUGGAUGAGUUGUAGGGGUUUAAUGGCACAGGCAGGGAGGCCAGUCAACAGCGAGUUGCAGUAAUCCAGACGGGAGAUGACAAGUGCCUGGAUUAGGACCUGUGCCGCUUCCUGUGUAAGGCAGGGUCGUACUCUCCGAAUGUUGUAGAGCAUGAACCUGCAGGAUCGGGUCACCGCCUUGAUGUUAGCGGAGAACGACAGGGUGUUGUCCAAGGUCACGCCAAGGCUCUUCGCACUCUGGGAGGAGGACACAACGGAGUUGUCAACCGUGAUGGCGAGAUCAUGGAACGGGCAGUCCUUCCCCGGGAGGAAGAGCAGCUCCGUCUUGCCAGGGUUCAGCUUGAGGUGGUGAUCCGUCAUCCACACUGAUAUGUCUGCCAGACAUGCAGAGAUGCGAUUCGCCACCUGGUUAUCAGAAGGGGGAAAGGAGAAGAUUAGUUGUGUAUCGUCAGCGUAGCAAUGAUAGGAGAGGCCAUGUGAGGAUAUGACAGAGCCAAGUGACUUGGUGUAUAGGGAGAAUAGGAGAGUAUUUGACCAAGCAGAGGUGAUUCGAUGAUUGUUGAAAUGGUGCUGGAAUAAUGGAGGCAGCUCCUGUUUUCUUUUGCCACUCUCCGCGGUUCUUGGCCUCCAUGAAUACACGCCACUCAUCACAAAUAUUACAAGUCUGCUUGUGUAUGAGGGUCAAGGAGACUGAGCCUGCAUCCCAAAUGGCACCCAGUUCCCUGCAUAGUGCACUACUUUUGACCAGGACCGAUAGGGAAGGAGUGCACUAGUAGACUGCUCAGUGCCUAGAGUCAGACUCAGGAGGUGUUCCAGUGCCUAGAGUCAGACUCAGGAGAUGUUCCAGUGCCUAGAGUCAGACUCAGAACAUCAGAUGUUCCAGUGCCUAGAGUCAGACUCAGGAGGUGUUCCAGUGCCUAGAGUCAGACUCAGGAGAUGUUCCAGUGCCUAGAGUCAGACUCAGGAGAUGUUCCAGUGCCUAGAGUCAGACUCAGGAGAUGUUCCAGUGCCUAGAGUCAGACUCAGGAGAUGUUCCAGUGCCUAGAGUCAGACUCAGGACAUCAGAUGUUACAGUGCCUAGAGUCAGAAUCAGGACAUCAGAUGUUCCAGUGCCUAGAGUCAGACUCAGGACAUCAGAUGUUCCAGUGCCUAGAGUCAGACUCAGGACAUCAGAUGUUCCAGUGCCUAGAGUCAGACUCAGGACAUCAGAUGUUCCAGUGCCUAGAGUCAGACUCAGGACAUCAGAUGUUCCAGUGCCUAGAGUCAGACUCAGGAGAUGUUCCAGUGCCUAGAGUCAGACUCAGGACAUCAGAUGUUCCAGUGCCUAGAGUCAGACUCAGGAGAUGUUCCAGUGCCUAGAGUCAGACUCAGGACAUCAGAUGUUCCAGUGCCUAGAGUCAGACUCAGGAGAUGUUCCAGUGCCUAGAGUCAGACUCAGGACAUCAGAUGUUCCAGUGCCUAGAGUCAGACUCAGGAGAUGUUCCAGUGCCUAGAGUCAGACUAAGGAGAUGUUCCAGUGCCUAGAGUCAGACUCAGGAGAUGUUCCAGUGCCUAGAGUCAGACUCAGGACAUCAGAUGUUCCAGUGCCUAGAGUCAGACUCAGGAGAUGUUCCAGUGCCUAGAGUCAGACUCAGGACAUCAAAUGUUCCAGUGCCUAGAGUCAGACUCAGGAGAUGUUCCAGUGCCUAGAGUCAGACUCAGGAGAUGUUCCAGUGCCUAGAGUCAGACUCAGGAGAUGUUACAGUGCCUAGAGUCAGACUCAGGAGAUGUUACAGUGCCUAGAGUCAGACUCAGGACAUCAAAUGUUCCAGUGCCUAGAGUCAGACUCAGGAGGUGUUCCAGUGCCUAGAGUCAGACUCAGGAGGUGAUCCGGUGCCUAGAGUCAGACUCAGGACAUCAGAUGUUCCAGUGCCUAGAGUCAGACUCAGGAGGUGUUCCAGUGCCUAGAGUCAGACUCAGGACAUCAGAUGUUCCAGUGCCUAGAGUCAGACUCAGGAGAUGUUCCAGUGCCUAGAGUCAGACUCAGGACAUCAGAUGUUCCAGUGCCUAGAGUCAGACUCAGGAGAUGUUCCAGUGCCUAGAGUCAGACUCAGGACAUCAGAUGUUCCAGUGCCUAGAGUCAGACUCAGGAGAUGUUCCAGUGCCUAGAGUCAGACUCAGGACAUCAGAUGUUACAGUGCCUAGAGUCAGACUCAGGAGGUGUUCCAGUGCCUAGAGUCAGAAUCAGGACAUCAGAUGUUACAGUGCCUAGAGUCAGACUCAGGAGGUGUUCCAGUGCCUAGAGUCAGACUCAGGACAUCAGAUGUUCCAGUGCCUAGAGUCAGACUCAGGAGAUGUUCCAAUGCCUAGAGUCAGACUCAGGACAUCAGAUGUUCCAGUGCCUAGAGUCAGACUCAGGCGAUGUUCCAGUGCCUAGAGUCAGACUCAGGACAUCAGAUGUUCCAGUGCCUAGAGUCAGACUCAGGAGAUGUUCCAGUUCCUAGAGUCAGACUCAGGAGAUGUUCCAGUGCCUAGAGUCAGACUCAGGAGAUGUUCCAGUGCCUAGAGUCAGACUCAGGAGGUGUUCCAGUGCCUAGAGUCAGACUCAGGAGGUGUUCCAGUGCCUAGAGUCACACUCAGGAGAUGUUCCAGUGCCUAGAGUCAGACUCAGGAGAUGUUCCAGUGCCUAGAGUCAGACUCAGGAGAUCAGGUGUUCCAGUGCCUAGAGUCAGACUCAGGAGGUGUUCCAGUGCCUAGAGUCAGACUCAGGAGAUGUUCCGGUGCCUAGAGUCAGACUCAGGAGAUGUUCCAGUGCCUAGAGUCAGACUCAGGAGAUGUUCCAGUGCCUAGAGUCAGACUCAGGAGAUCAGGUGUUCCAGUGCCUUGAGUCAGACUCAGGAGAUCAGGUGUUCCAGUGCCUAGAGUCAGACUCAGGAGAUUUUCCAGUGCCUAGAGUCAGACUCAGGAGAUGUUCCAGUGCCUAGAGUCAGACUCAGGAGUUGUUCCAGUGCCUAGAGUCAGACUCAGGACAUCAGAUGUUCCAGUGCCUAGAGUCAGACUCAGGACAUCAGAUGUUCCAGUGCCUAGAGUCAGACUCAGGAGAUGUUCCAGUGCCUAGAGUCAGACUCAGGAGAUGUUCCAGUGCCUAGAGUCAGACUCAGGAGAUGUUCCAGUGCCUAGAGUCAGACUCAGGAGAUGUUCCAGUGCCUAGAGUCAGACUCAGGAGAUGUUCCAGUGCCUAGAGUCAGACUCAGGAGAUGUUCCAGUGCCUAGAGUCAGACUCAGGAGAUGUUCCAGUGCCUAGAGUCAGACUCAGGAGAUGUUCCAGUGCCUAGAGUCAGACUCAGGAGAUGUUCCAGUGCCUAGAGUCAGACUCAGGACAUCAGAUGUUCCAGUGCCUAGAGUCAGACUCAGGACAUCAGAUGUUCCAGUGCCUAGAGUCAGACUCAGGAGAUGUUCCAGUGCCUAGAGUCAGACUCAGGACAUGAAACGUUCCUCAGAUGUUCCAGUGCCUAAUGGACGGAUCAAACAUCAAUCAAAGAGCUAAAGCACAGCCAUAGAUAUAAAUAUAUGGCUCUGAGCUGAAGUAGUAGCUAUCUGUUUUAUUUAUGGCCAGAUAUCUCUGCUUUAUGUGGACACACACCAAGCGAGGCUACGAUCCUCUCACAGAGUUUAAGUCCAAAUAAAAUUCCUCCCUUUCCCUUUCUCCCUCAUCUACCCCGCUGUCCCUCUGUGAAGGUCAUCUAUAAGGAAGUCUCGGGGUGAGGUCGCUCUUCCGUUGAGAACUAACGACAACCGUCAUUUCCUUCCUCACAUCUUUUUGCAGCACCAUUGUGUGCUUUAUGGCGUGUAGCGGGGCGGAAUCACUGUGGCAGCGUGUUGUUGACCCUGGAUCUUACAGAGCACACACACACACACACACACACACACACACACACACACACAGUACUGGAAUAUGAUGAUGAUGACCGGUACACGACAGAAAUACCAACAUCAGACCUGGGUUCAAAUACUAUUCGAAAUCAUUUCAAAUACUUUUUUUUUUCUGGGCUUGAUUGAGCUUGCCUGGAUUAAUGGACCAAUAGAAUAGUCCCAACACUGUCAACCCCGCCCAUCUGGCACUCCAGUGAGGCUAGAGCAAACGCUCAAAAAUUAUUUGAAAUAUUUCGAAUAGUUUUUGAAACCAGCAGGUCCUGAUAUCAACAUCCUAACGCUCUCCAUCAGUCUGAUGUCCAGUGAAGCCAGACAGAAUCCAGUCCCAGUGAAGCAGCAACGCUCCUGGGCUGUUGUACUGGAGUUAACAAAAGAACACUUUGAUAAACAUAGAAAACCAAAACACUUGUAUUCUAGACGUAAUGUUUUUUUAGAGAGCUUUCAACACAUUUGUUCUCUCAUUAACUAUAAAAAUGUGAUAAUGCACUUUGAUUGCACAUUUAAUUGUAAAUAGUGUGUUGUACUGGGAGACACUGCAAUUAAAAGAACACUAAAGCUCUUGCUCAUUCAAAUACUUUAUAUAAUCCUGUUUUACAUGAAGACACCCUGUACCUAUUUACAUGACAUUUUAUUUGGAGACAACAAAGGACAAUGAUACCAGUCCAAGUUCAGACAGUGGGGAAUCCAUCCUGUCUGACUGUGUCUACCCUCUCAAUGAGCAAAGCGUCCCUUAAAGUCACUAAGGCACUGCAUCGCAGUGCUAGCUGUGCCACUAGGCUCUGUCGUAGCCGGCCGCGACCGGGAGACCCAUGGGGCGGCUCACAAUUGGCCCAGCGUCGUCCAGGGUAGGGGAGGGAAUGGCCGGCAGGGAUGUAGCUCAGUUGGUAGAGCAUGGCGUUUGCAACGCCAGGGUUGUGGGUUCGAUUCCCACGGGGGGCCAGUAUGAAAAAUAAAUAAAUAAUGUAUGCACCAACUGUAAGUCCCUCUGGAUAAGAGUGUCUGCUAAAUGACUAAAAUGUUAAACGCUGAACCACACUACUGACAUCUUACAAUAUUCUUUAGGUCAGUGUUUCCAAAACUCAAACAUGUAGUUUUUUUUUUUUACUUCUUUACACAGCUGUUUCAAAACAUCUAAGCUUAGUUAUGAGUUGAUUAUUUUAAUCAGCUGUGUAGUUAUGCUAGCCCAAAACCCUAAAAUGUCCAUCCCCCCUUGGGGUCCCCAGGACCGAGUUGUCAGUCAGAUCAAACAUUAUGGGAAACCCUGCUAUAGAUCCUUGGCUGAGUCAGCAGUCAGAUCAAACAUUAUGGGAAACCCUGCUAUAGAUCCUUGGCUGAGUCGGCAGUCAGAUCAAACAUUAUGGGAAACCCUGCUAUAGAUCCUUGGCUGAGUCGGCAGUCAGAUCAAACAUUAUGGGAAACCCUGCUAUAGAUCCUUGGCUGAGUCAGCAGUCAGAUCAUACAUUAUGGGAAACCCUGCUAUAGAUCCUUGGCUGAGUCAGCAGUCAGAUCAUACAUUAUGGGAAACCCUGCUAUAGAUCCUUGGCUGAGUCGGCAGUCAGAUCAAACAUGGGCGGGCCUUAGAGGGUCCUACCACACCUCCUUGCCUGUCCAAAUUAAAUAUUUAAAUAUUGAUCAUUUAUUUGACCGAGACGCGCGCUGACAGAAAGACGCAUCAAUCUCAGAUAAAGCAUCAGAGCGACGGAAACAAACAUGAGUCUGAUCUGAUGCUGUCUGGUCAAUAGGAGUAUGACAGGUCAGACAUCAGACACCUGGGAAGUAAGAUAAAUGCAAAUAAAUUCAUUAAAAAUCCUACAAUGUGAUUUUCUGGAUUUUUUUUCUUCUCAAUUUGUCUGUCAUAGUUGACGUGUACCUAUGAUGAAAAUUACAGGCCUCCCUCAUCUUUUUAAGUGGGAGAACUUGCACAAUUGGUGGCUGAAUAAAUACUUUUUUCCCCCACUGUAAAGUAAGACAGAGGGGGCGCUGUUUCACUGUUUCACAUUUUCACUGUUUGGUGUUUCGCUGUUUCACUGUUUCACAUUUUCACUGUUUGGUGUUUCGCUGUUUCACUGUUUCGCUGUUUGGUGUUUCGCUGUUUCGCUGUUUCACUGUUUCACUGUUUCGCUGUUUCACUGUUUCGCUGUUUCGCUCUUUCGCUGUUUCGCUGUUUCGCUGUUUCGCUGUUUCGCUGUUUCGCUGUUUCGCUGUUUCACUGUUUCGCUGUUUCGCUGUUUCACUGUUUCGCUGUUUCGCUGUUUCGCUGUUUCGCUGUUUCGCUGUUUCACUGUUUCGCUCACUCUGAUACUUUCUCUGAGAUUGACGUGUCUGUCUAUCAGGGCGCGUCUCGGUCAAAUACAUGAUCAGUUAUCAAUAUUUAAAUUCUGAUUACAAGUGACAAAAUGAACGUGUUUAUUCGAAUCCGGAGUGUAUAUCCAGGCUGAACAUCUGACUUCAAAGAGAUCUUUCCAUUUUGGGCAGAGUCAGUUUAUCUAGAUACAUUUCCCCUGCCCCAUUUUUGGCCGUCUCCCCCAAUAUAGUUCAAUCCAUCAACCAACUAA